GCAAAACCGAUUCCGUGCUGCUCCAGCAGAACGCCGUUGUUUCCGAUGCCACACGCACUUUGAUUGUGAAUAUUCGACAGAAUUUUAGUUUGUCGUUAUACAUAUUUUUUUUUCAAAAACUUACAUAUAUAUAUUUAUGUAUAAAUACACGUCAAUUUGCGUACAGAGUUUUAUUUUUAUCCGCCCGUAGUCAGAUAUUUUUUUACUGUCCAUAAACAACCCGAACGGAUCACAUUAUCUCGUUCGGUGAUCGGCCAAAUCCGAUUGAAAGUGAUUUUUUUCGGUUGAUUAAUUUCUUGUCGGUUGUGAUUUUUCGCGGUCUUGCAGUCUUAUCAGACGACGGGACGACGCCGCCACUAUACAAGCACACGCACGCCGGAAACCAUUGUCAAGUGAGUUUUUAUUAUUUUUGUAUUAUUUUUUUCUCCCUUCCUCUCCCUAUUAUAUUAUUAUAAUGUGCCGCACAGCGGUGGCGGGUCUCCGCCGGUAUUAUUAUGUAUUUUUUUUUUCCACCCCACCGGACCGCGGACGGACGGUCGCCAUUGUCGUCGCCGGCGAUCGCCCCGACGACGCUUUCACACCUGCCUCGCGUUCCGGAAAGAAUGAAUGUAUGUUAAAAAAAAAAAAAAAAAAACCUUUCCAGAUAUUAUUUCGCCGUUCGCACGCCGGCCGGCUGUGCUGUGCCCACCGUUGAAGUCUCGGCGCGGCGCGCGCGUCCCCUAACCCCGGCGACGUCGUUUGUAAUAUUGUUCCGUAAUUGUAUUUCGGAGCCCCGUAUAGGUUAGCCGCAGCCGCCGCCGCCGCCAUGAUCUCGAGACGCGAUUUCAAGCAUUUCCACGCCCUUAUUUGCUACGAUUAUUUGUUAUUUUUUAUCCCCGGUUUUCGACCGCCGCCGAUUCGGACACGAACAUUUCUAUCCGAACAAUAAUGUUCCCGCGAGAGAAUUCCGAUCCCCGUCGCCCGUGCUUGUUGUUCGACGCCCGGGUACUACCGCCGAAACGCCACGACAUUAUUCGUGCCUUAUUACUGCCCGUCACGGCCAAAAGGCAUUUGCCCGUCGUCAUUCCCGCCGGGUGCACACCGCGUCCUACCGAUAGGGUGUUGUUCUUGUCUGUUUCGCCUUGGUGGUCGUACCUCGCGAUUUUCUUUCGCCUCUACGACAACCCGGCCGGCUGGACAAUCGCGGUCGCAGCGGCGCAACACAUCCGUUUUCGCUUCACCGGCAGCUUACGGGUUUUCCAAGUCUCGUGAACCCGCCCCGCCUGUUUGCGCGUUUGACAAACAAUACGGCGACGGUCGGGAGAGGGGCGGUUUUCUGAAACGGCAGUAAUCGCGUUUUAGCGUAAUAUUAUCAUCCUAGGGUUAACCCGCGCGGUGUUACACGUUAUUGUAAUUUCCCUCCCCUCCCGUUGUAGACGCUAUUCGCUACGCGGGGCAAUCCUAUCGACGGGCGGGAGACUUUCUUGGAUCGGUACUUGGGUGUUUUUUUUUUUUUUUUUUUUUUCUCUUUCGCUGUUUGCGCGCGCAACAACGUUUAUUGCCGUUUCCUUUUUUCGGCCGCCGUCCUCUACUCCAGACGCAGCAGCACUGUUGAAUAUUAUUAUUACGCGUAAGUAACUGAUAAUGCCGCCGCCCACGAGUAAUUCUCGAAAAUUGUGUUGAAUUGGACGAGAAUAAUAACGUCGAGUGUAAAAAAAAACUGCGCGUUUUUUUUUUUUUUAUUAUUCCUCGUUUUGUUCUCCGAAAUAACAUCGCGUAUCUGUUUGUCGAUUUCUGUUGUCUGCUCGCAAAGUGGGUACCUCUAUACAAUAUUAUUAUUGUUGUUAUUAUUAUUAUUAUAAUACGGUCACUGUUCAGUGACCUCAGACGGUUUCCGGGCUCGCUAAUAUUUUCGUUGACCAACUUCCGUCGGAACAGAAUUAUCGCGAACCACAAAAAAAAAAAAAAACAACAAAUAAUAAUUAUUAUUUAAUUACUUCGGUUCUUGUUGCGCCGCAAAUGCUCGCGGUACGCAUUAUGUAUUGUUAUUGCUAUUAACGACGCGACUUUUUUUGGGUUUUGUUCCUUCGCACACCCCCCCCCCUCUCCCGUAGAUUGACCGUAUAUUUUUUACCAUUUUAAUAUUGUGUACACUGUUUACUAUAUCGCGUCCCGUUCGGCGAAUAAUGUUUUCGAAAAUGUCCUCCGUCCUUUACCGCGACAAUACCAAUAACAACAAUAUAUAAUAACAUUGAUAUCGUCGCGGCCAGCAAGCCGGGGCCGCGUUGAAAUAAUUCACUCCGUAUUUAACGAAUACCGAAAUCGUGUCUAUCGCGCUAUUGUCGUUAUCGUUCGGUAUGUACGCACACGCCUGUCGGACCGAUUAUAAUAAUGCACCAAGGUCAAGCCGGCCGGUGUCGGUAUAGAUAAUCUUCCACGCGAACCCCGUGACAUGUGUGCGCGCGUGUGGACGAACGAUAACAACGAUAACGAUAAUAAUGUUACAGUGGCGGCGGACACUUCUCGCGUAUUAUCCGAAAACACGACAUUGCGGUCCGCGGGUUUUUUCGGCGCGCUCUGCGCAUUCUUCCCCUUUCCCCACUCCCCCCCCCUCCUCCUCCCACACCCGUCUAUCUUCGCGUUUUCUUUUCUACGUGUCACACCCGAUAAUAACGGACGUUGUUCACCUAGUCGACGGAAUUCUUGUGCGGGUAAAUUUUUUUUGUUCUCCCUCCGAGACCGUAAACGUGUAUUUUACGCGUCUUGGUAAUAAUGAGAGAUGCAAUUUUACGUUUCGCUUGGAAGACAACAUUUUCGCGGUAUCCGAUUUCGAUCGCGUUCGCACAUACGCCUAGGCAGUAAUACUUUUGUCGACCUAAUGAUCCGCAGCGAAUCGCUCGGCCCCGAGUACACAAAACAAAUUAACCCGGUGUCUAAUCGUCGUCGUGUCGUUUUCACACACACACACGGUAAAUAGAACAUCGUCUUCUUUUUUUUUCGCUCGAAAUUUCGUUGUUUUAUUUAUUAUUAUUACGCGGUCGAGUUUUUUUGUUUUCCUUUUCCAACGACCGUGUUGCGCUCGCCCGCGUGCUUUCGGAACGGCCAAAAUACGUAUCCGAGCGUCGUGUACCUAUCGCGGCUAAUUGCCUCCUAAUUGUUCGGCUAGACGGUAAUCGCCCGACCGCGUGUGCAUACACAUACGCGUGUGAUGUGUUCGUCGUUGUUUCGGUAAAAAAAAAAAUAAAAAAAAUAUGUCUAAUGUAUUAUAUACACAACAUAGACUGUUUAAAAUUCCGAACGAUCCGGUGCGUUUUUCAUCUUUGAAAAACAUAAAAAAAAAAAAAAUAGGUACAAUUGUUUUGUUUUUCACUAUUGUUGUUCGGCCAUGUUAUUUAUUCACUGUUUUACUAUUAAAAAAAAAAAAAAUGAUUACGCCGUAGUUUUUGGUGACGGUGGUACCUAAUGCGCAUUAUCGUUAGCGCGUAAACCCCUCCCCGUACAAAAAUCGAAAUAUCGCCCGCCCGUGUCCCGUUCCGUUUUCGAGAUUGUAAGUGUAUUCCAGUUCCUUGUGUUUUUGCCGUCGCGGUCGGCGGUCGCGUAAGUAUUAUCAGUGCGUUAUUAUUGGUAUACCGUGUUUUGAUUGUCCUCGCCGUCCCCCGCCCCUCAUCCACGCCCCUAACGACGCGCGCGUGUCGUUGUUCGCGAUGCGCGCCUCCGUCGCACGUGAAUCUCGAAGCGGACGGAAAUUCCGCGGAGUUUUCGCUCCGGUAGUAUUACGCAUCGGCUCGUAUUAUUGUAUACGGUACGGCAAGCGGCAGCUGAGUCGGUCGUCUCCCCGGGGCCGUUCCGUUCCGCGAGGUGCUGUCCGACGACGACGGCGGCGGCUGCCGACAAUACGCGCUCGGCGAACACGUUUUCGAACCCCUGCCCGUUAUAAUAAAUCGUGUGUAGAGUGCCUACAAUCCGGUCCACCACUCGGUAAUAUAAUAAUAAUAAUAAUAAUAAUCGGGAUGCGAACUCGGCCGAGACCGUGAAGACACAACAACGCGUGCAGCAGCGCGCGCACGGUUCACCGGUUUUACGUCGUCGUAGACGUCGCCAUCGAUGAUACUCGUAUUCCCCCGACCAUCUGCUGCUGCUGUUGCCGCUCCUCUCCUUGUGCUCUUGUUACUUCUCCGACGGCAUCACUAUAUUAUCCUACAUAAUAUCAUACUCCGCUGGACGCGUUAUUAUCGUGUAUAAUAAUAUUUUAUGCGUACUGCGUGCCGCGUUCGCGCCCUGGAAAACCGCAACGAGCCUGUGCGGGGGAGAAAUAUUAUUUAUCAAUACGUAACCACGACGAGGGGCGGGGGAAGCGUAGAAUUUCGGAUAUUUUCGGCCGGGUUCACAUAACGCAGACGCGUACGGAACCCGUGACCCAGAUAAAACGCGUAAAAUACGCGUCGCCGUUUUGGCGAGACCGCCGAAAUACGUACCCCGCAGUAAAGAGUACAAAACGGUCGUCACUGCGGGAGGGGUGUGAUCGGCGGCGCGACAGGACGAGGGUGCGCCGCCGCCGCCGCCAGUACCUCGUGUGCGGGAGACGAGUUUUUGGGGUGCGUCUGUCUGUCUGUCUGUCUGCGUAUGUAGUAAUAAUAUAACGCGCGCGCGCUCUGCGCAUGUACCUCGAAAAUGCGUUGUUGUACACGGGUGUACGUAUAUACGCGCGUUUUAGGGACGAGAGUGACCCGCCCGCGAACGCUGUCGCCGGGCGACUCUGUAAUAAUGUACGCGGUAUAGAUGACCGCACGUCGCCACCGCCGCCGUUCAAAAUGCCGUAAAAACCGAAUUUAGUGUAAUUAUACACACGUGUGUGUGUGUGUCUGCGUGCGUGCGGGUAGACGAAAAAAAAAUCGUAUAUACGCAUAUAACACAUACGCGUACGUAUAUACGUGCGGGCGAUAUUAAUGUAAUUGUCCCUCCGUCGUCGACAUUUCAUUGUACACACGCAGCAUUAAGUAUUGUCUGGCCGCUUGUGUACCCUUAUCAAACAUCCCUUUUGUAUUAUUUACUCCGUUUUCGACUAUUUUCCCGUACACGCGGGGACACUCCGGGUUCUCUAUUGACACGAUAUUUCGUUUCAAUUUUUUAUUGUACUAUUAUUAUUACACAAAUUUUUAUAUUCUCUAUUGAUAUUGUACGGUGCCCGCCGCACGUGUGCCGCUCUUUUGUGCCCAUCAUAAACGUUUAUCGCAUUAUAGGUGGGCCCGAUCGUUAUAUUAAUUCGUAUGAUUAAAUUAUUAUUUGUUUUGAAUUCAACGCAAUUGUUAAAUACGGGAGAUUCUUAUAUAAUAUCAUUUUCUUUCUUUUAUCGAAAAUUAAUUAAAUAAGUAAUUCGUUGUUUUGGUGUUCGUAGCGGUUCAAAGGUCUUCACGUGAACGUUUUUUUUCCUUAGUUAUCUAUAAAGCCAAUAGAACUAUCGGUAAACAUUGUUGUUAUUAAAAAAAAAAAAUAAUAACGUUAUGCCUAAUACGUUUCAGUUAAUUUUUUUUUUAUUAAUGCCGAUGCAUCAACGUUUAAGUCUCUUCGAUAACCAGUGUUUUUCUAUGAUAAAUUACGUCUACUGUAUACUGUCUUGUUAUAUAGGUACCUAUCGAAACGUUUUCGUUAGAUAAAAAUAUAUGUUGGGCAUUUUUUUUUAUUAUUAUUAUCUAUUAUUUAGACACAUUGUGAUGAAAUUAUUGAAUAAAUAUGUAGGUUUAUUUUCGGGUAUAUAUAUACCAGCAUCAUCAUAAAAUAAUAUAUAGGUUUUUAUCUCUGUAACAACAAAAAAAAAAAAAAAAAAAAUGUUUAUUCUUACUAAAAUAUUCCCGUACCGUCCGAUAAAUAAUAUACGUAAUACUAUUUAGGACGUGCGAUCGGAGGUACGGUUUACUUUUGCUCCUUGACCUUAGAUAUUAUUUGAAUAUUAAACCGUCAUUAUGUUUAAAUAUUAUUAUGCGUGUAUUAAUAUAAUAAUACGUAUACACUGAAACCGAAUCGGUGUGGAUGAGUCAUAUUUAUUAUCCGUACACCGGGUUCAAUAGAAUAUCUUUUAUUUCGUUUGACCCGCGUGGGCAGUCAAACCUGUUCCCCCGCGUUUGUGUGUUGUCUGCAUAGACGGUUGGGUACCUACUCUAUACACUAAGAUUUGUGCGUACCUAUGUAAUAUUGAAAUACGUUGUCGUCGGACGAACGAAUAAAAAAAAAAUAUAAUAAUAAACGGCUUUUAAGCGGAUUAUUUAUUUCUUUUUUUUUUUUCUACCCGUUUCACGACUCGUCGAGUAGCCCGGUUAUAAACAUAUUUUCUUCCCGCCUAUAUUCCCUUCCCCUCCACCUCCCACGCCACGGAACGAGAGAUCGGUACGUACGAUCAAUCUAAUUUUAAAGCAUCCCCCUCGGCCGGGCGCGUAUAAAAAGGCCGGAUUUCGUGUUUUACGACACCGCCGUUCGUUAUUAUUAUUAGUAAGUAUAAAUAGCGCCCGUAAAACAGUUUAUUUCGUGCGUGCGACGAACAACCCCUCGGGUGUAGUGUUUCUAUAAAUACCGAGUACUUAUAUUUUUCCCCGCUCCGACUGCCGUGUGUGCCCGUACAUAGUUAUUUCGUUUACUUUCCGCCCCACCCUCUACCCUCUCUUUCCCCUCUCUCCGUACCGCGGUUGCGUAUCCUUUUUCGGCUCCGAUCGACGGAGCCCUACUAUUAUUAUGCCUAUUUCACGUGUGCGCGCGACGCGGUUAACGUUCGAAUCUUCAAGAACGUCGUGUGUUCGCGUUAUUUUUCGCGCGUUUUCACUCCGCGUUCUCAUUAACGCGAGUUCCCGCGGUGCCCGUUAAUGCGUAUUGCUGAUUCGCGUGUUCACGUUGAUUCGGUUUUAUUCGCGUUUCGUCAAUCGAGGAGAACUAUAUAACGGCGGACCCGAUACGCCGGCGCCCCGGGAACGCGUCCCGUUUUAGAUUCCGAGCGCGGCCGCGAAACGUGAUGAUUGAUUGAUUUUACUUUCUGGCGUGUUUUUUUUUUUUCCAUCCCUCAACGACCACGACAACCGGAUAUCACGCUCCGAAUUUCAAGCGUAGCCGAAAGCAAAUUUUGUCAAGUGUUUGACGCGAGGUCAUGUUUUCCCGUCUUUGUUUCCCGUGGCGAUAAAACGUUUUUCAAUUUGUUUGAUUUGGAUUCGACCGUAAUUCUUAUUAAAAAUAAGGCCUGAGUUUUCACCGAAUUUCUAAAAUAUUCUGAAGAGUUUUGAGCUAUUUAUAGGCAUAUAAAAUGUUCGCGGAUGAAAUUGUUUCGGGCCGAUCAGAAAUCUUCGGAAAUUUAACACCGCGACUUUUAUAUGAAAACACGUCUGAAUUCCAACGUUUGCCCAGAUAAUAAAGGAAAAUCGCUUCGCUUCCAAUCCUCUUAAGUACGGGGAACGUCUUAAACUAUUAUGCCGUGUACAGUUUUUGAUGAAAAGAUUUCGUAGCUUUAGUAGCCGAUUCUUCUGGCUCGUGUCGCACGAGGUUUUUCGCCAUUCUCCCGAAACCGCUUCGUUGAAAAUAUAAUAAUGAGAAUAUUCCUCGUCACUGUCGCCCGUCGGCCGUUUCCCCUCUCCUCUACCGUGCCCCGUCUACGGUGGUGUUUCGUAAAUGUAUCGACGGCGCCGGUCCGGUUAAAAUAUUUUCGGACGUUAUUAUUGUCGACGGCUGCGCGUCGAUUGUCGUCGUCACGUGACUUAACGCCAUCGUUGUGUGUGUGUGUGUGUGUGUCGUGGUUGCGAUCAAACGGACUCUAUUGUACUUAGAUAAGGAAAAAAAAACCAUAUUAUAUACAGUCGCACAUGACGUGUUGUACGUCAUCUUGCGCGGCGUCGACGGCUAUAAUAUUACAUACCGAGUGCUCCGGUUAUUAUUUAUUAUUGCCCCCCCUCUACUCUCUCUAAAUUUUAAUAUAUGUGUAUAUAGGAAUAGAAAUAACGUUUUUUUUUCUUUUAUACUGAUUUACGGGUCGCGUCCGAUAGCGGCGCCGUUCGGUGUUUUUCUCCGCAUUUAUAAAAUAAUCGACCCGCGAACCGGUGGCGGUGUGAGAGAGAAAGUGACAUAUUAUAAUACGGACAAAAGGGGUGGGGGGGGGGAAAUCAAUGACCGGUUCUCUUGUGCGUAUUAUUAUUUGUGUAACGCGCGUGUGACAUGUUUUUUUUUUUUUUUCCCCGGACUAAAUUACGGUCAAUUAAAAAUAAUAUUAUUGUUAUUGUUAAUAUGUAGUGGUCGGCGGCGGCCAGUAACUAACAAUAAUCAAUCGUCAUCGUCGUGACGCGGUUUUUUCAGACGCGUAAAACAUUUAUACGUACGGCCCCUCCCCGUGUACACGCGCUCUCUCACUCUCUCUCUCUCUCUUUCUCUCCUCUCGCUCCGCAGCGGUUGUUGUGUAACUCGACGACAAUAAUAUUGAACAAUAAUACCCGAAUACGUAUUUUUAUUUCGUCGCGUCCAUUACGAUUAAUAAUAAUAUUCUGCCCGCGUUUUUGUCAUGCGCCCACAUGAUAGGAAAAAAAAUAAUAUGUGUAAGUACAAGUACUCCGCGUCGGCGAGAAGAAUCGCCCGCAUUCGGCACGGCGGUGGUAAUAUUAUAAUGUGUGUGCGGCUGGCGCGCUGUACCGACGCUCUCUAUGUAUUUUUUUUUUAUCCGGACGAUAUCGGCGUGCCGGUCAAAUUUGGCAAAAUCUUCAAAGUACCUCCCUCCCCCCUCCCCGACUUGUACAUUCACCGAAAGGUAACCGGGCGUUACCGAGAACUUCCGAGGGAGACCCAUCGCGAUGUCGGCCCCAUGCUUCCUGCAAAAUGUUUUCGUCGUAUUGCGCACACGUUUACUCAUAUACAGUUACCGUGUACUAUAAUAUGGUUUAAACCCCCCUCAUCUCCCUCUCAAAUUUAGUCCCACUCAUCAUAUUAUGCCCAACAUAGUCAUAAUCAGUGUCUGAGAUUGCCCGCGUACAAUUUUCAAUGAAAUAUGUAUGUCAAAGAAUUUAUUAUGAGAAUUCCGAUUUUUUUUUUUUUUUUUUUUUCAAAGUUAUCGAUGGCACCUGCACUGUCUAAAUAAAGCGCCCCCGGACUCCAAAGGCUCAAAACUAUAGGGGGUGAGGGGGAAACUAAUAAUUUCACCUUGAACGAAAAUAGGGGUGGGGUUCUCCGUUCCCUGUUCUAUCGUGAGACCUACUUUAUCGUCCAUGCGGAUAUCGGAUACAUACGCACAGUAUUGAUGUUACGGACUGGCCGGUACCUCUUUUUACCGAUAUCCGAUAUUUGAAAUCGAAAACCACGCGAGUUAAUAUUGAAAUUAAACGGUAUGUCUCGGUUGAAAACGCGAUUUUUUUUGUUUUCUAAAUACUUUUUUCAUAAUGUAUUCCGGGUACGCUAAAGGUAUUUUCCACGUCCGAAAAUAUCGGUUUUAAACCGAUGCCACCGAUAUCGAGUAUCGGCUUGUGCAUCGGCCCAUUCCGAAUUUUUUUGUCGAUAGUUAUUAUUAUGUUACAUUCCGUUUUAGAUUCUGAUCGGAUAACGUGGUAUCGGUUUUGCUAUGGCUCGUGUGCUCUUUUUUCCGUCGGUCUGUAAAUGACUUCGACCGCGGAACUCUCACUCCGAUCAACGACUUAUUCAGUGGCGGUUUUUAGAGCAGCAUAUUAUUUUAUCUAGUCGGUGCAUCGGUCAGGUCUUUUUUUUUUUGAUAUUCUGCGUUGUAAUCCGAAGGAGGGGGGAAGGUUACGCCGUAAAAACAUUAAUUAUAUUACGGUUACUGUUGGGUAUUUUCGAUUUUUUCAACCCGACGAAUGUUCACCGAAUAUUUCGAAUACGAGUUCUUUUUAGAUGCGGUCAGAUUUUCAAUACAAUUUGGCGAUAUUUGAGCUAUAAAUAGCCAUGAUAAACUAUGGAGGUUUUAUUUUUAACGUUUUAUUCUGAUAUAAUUGUUUGGGCUCCUCUACAAUGUUCGAAAAUUGCAUACAAAAUUUAUUAUCGUACUUUUUUCUUAAUGUACACAUUUUCGAAGAAGUUCCACAUAUUAUUAUCAUCGAUUUACGUGAUUUUAUUUGGCCUGACAUAAAUGCUCGACAUUUUUGCACAGUAUUCAUAACUAAUUGUCCUUAGUGGUGAACAAAUUUAGCGUAAAACUGUAAGAAGUUUUUUUUUUUAAACGUGAUUUAAAUUGAAAUGUUUACGGUUAUUGCCUUUCAUAUUCCUAGGACGUAAUUGCAGACACAAAUGGAAUAAUAUAUUUUCCAUACUAAUAAUAUAAUUCAAUUACGGGACAUUAUCUUUUUAUAGCGACUACACCCUCCCACUCCUCCCCCCCACCGUUGAUAUUUCGAUACUAUAUCACGCGGUCAGCGAUAUUAUAUAAUAUUAAUUAUAUUUUGUUUUUAUCUAUCCGGGAAAUACCGGAGGAAACCCGAAAUAGUCCGGGAAUUUUUGAACUCCCAAUCGCCGUUUUCGUAAAAUAUAAUAUAUAUAUAUAUAUUCAUAGUUGUCCGACAAUUACGACCGAUAAGUUCAUUGUACGUUUUUCGAUGGCAUUUGCGUUUUAACGCGGUGUUUAUUAUAUUAUGAUCGUAUUCACUCCUCCGGUAAACCGCGCCCGGAGAAAACGGAAUUUCGCGGCGACCUUGAAUUAUGUGUUCCUGUGCGUCGCGUCAUUGCCGCGGUUUCGACGACGACGACGGUCUAUUGACGCGGUGCUCCGUAUGCGCGCGGAAUGCGGCGUGCUGCGUGCGGGGGAGCAAUAUGGCGAUCGCGGGGCAGAUUGUCGUCGGUGCGCGCGUACGACCGCGACAACGCGUCGUCGCCGUGGGGUAUCCGGCCCGGCCACGUUGCCACGAUUACGGCCGCGCGAAUUUUCGCUCUCCUCUGCAGUGCGUGCGCGCGCGCGCUAAUCGAAAAGGGGCUAAACGCGCGUGCGAUAACAUUUCGUACUAUUGUGAAUAUCCCGACGACGCGGUCCCCCCCCUCACCGGUACGACCGUGUCCGCGCUCCACUACGCCUAGCACGGUCGCCUUUCACCCUCGCCCUCCUCCCGCCGCUCACGACACGAACCGUAAUAUUUUAUAGUUUUGAGGACACGUGCAAUAAUAUCUCGUCGUGUCCGUCUUACGAACGCGCGCCACUAUUGCGUGUAGCGAGAUAACUGCGCGUUGGGAACAUUCCGGUUUCUUGGGGGGGGGGGGGGCCGGGGAUCGAAAAUCCGAAAUAUUAUGGAUCUAUGCGCUUUUCUGCGCGUUUUUCAAUAUUAUUUUGUUAUGAAAAAAAAUCGAGUCGUUACGUGUUGUUUUAAGCCAUUCCGGAUAAUGAUUCGCACGUGUUCGUUUCAGGCCGUUAGUUUUAGUAUCGGAGUGAACCGGCCGAACUUAAAACGAGGAAAGUCCGUGUUUUCGUUCGCGUUGGAAAGUGUAUACGUUUUCUCCUCUGACGCCCGCUGGGUUUCGAGUUUCUUUAUGAUAUUUGGCGUACGGUACCGAAGAACCAUUCCCAUUUCAGAAUUAUUUCGGAAUUAUCUCAAUUCGACGCCCGUCAGAGUUUUUUUUUUUUAUAAUUUACAAAUUAUACGGGCCAUUGCAUCCAUUUUUUUUUUUUUUUUUUUUUUCGUAAUAAUAUACAGUUCGGUUCAGUCAUUUUUUUCUUAUAGAAUUAUUAUUACCCGAGUAUCUGUAUUCUAGAGUUAAAUAUUUUUCGAACAGCCACCACCCUAAACCUAACCGACCACUCCCUUCCGUCGUCUCUCGCGCACGCCUUUAUUCCUCUCUCUCUCUCUCCCCCCUCCCGUAGUGAAUCAGUAUUUGAUAAAAGAAAAAGACAUUCUAAUAAAGUGUAUUAUAAUAUUAAAACCUACGCGCAGAAUUUAUUAUUGUAUAAUAAUAUUAUUAUUGUUGUGCCCGAUAACAAACGUAUUACUUUCGUUAUCUUUUUUUUGUUUCGUCGCAACGAAAAUGAGAAACGACAGCUAUUUUAUUCGGAAGAACGAAGUUUUUUUUUUUUGUUUUUAACAUUUCUAUACUAUUUCGCCACUGCGGUUUUUUAAUAACGAAAAAAAAAACACUUCUUUAUUUUCUCGUGCGCGGUAAUUUUCGCAUCGCGUCUAAUCACAACUAUAAUAUAAUACAUGCGUACCUAUUUGUGGGCUGUUUUAAAAAUACACUACAACCGUACCUAGGCUCGUCUUGCAUAUUUUCCUUUAAUAUUAUUGAUACUGUUCAAUAAAAAAAGAAAAAAAUUGUUUAAAAUAUAUAACCGUUCGAAUCGCGUAGGACGAAAUAAUUAUUAUAGCGGGUAUAUUAUUUGCUACAGGUUGAGAUACCGAUUGAUAGGUACGCGUGCUGUUUCGGGUUUAUAUAUAUCGUUCUGUUGAAAAAAAAAAACGUACACGCGCACCUGGUGUUUUGUGUCAGAAUUCGAGUACAACAUAAUAAUAAUACACGCAUUCGAGUUUUUGUUAUACUUUGUGGAGCCAUUUCGAUUAUAACCGACUGUUUCUUUGUUUCGUCAGCGCCCGUAAUACGUAUUAUGUUAUAGGCACAGUCCGAAUUCGCGGUGGGGGCAUAACAAUGGGUUAUGCGGAGAUACCGAUUUUUUUUUAUAUAUAUAUAUAUAUAUAUUUUUAUUCUUUCUUUAUUUAUUAUUACUAUUAUUAUUUAUUUUUAUUAUUAUUUUUUUUUUUUUUUUUACCUACGAAAUUACGUGUAGGCCGCGUAUACGUAAAAUAGUAGUAGCCCGUGACCGGCGACUAAACGCCCAGGAAAUCAAGUUCGAAUAAUAAUUUUCGUCACGUUUUUGUUUUCAAUGCCCAGGCCACGGGUAAACGAAAAAAAAAAAAACGUUCGUAGUUUUACGCGUUCAGAUUUAGAGUUAGUGUAUUGCCUAAACCGUGUGGUGGGUACACGCGCACAAUUCGUUGAAUUCGAAUUCGGCGGUCGCAAAAUAUUGUCGGGUAGUCGUUAUUUUAUUAGUCGACAUUAGCGGGGCACGUCUCGGGCGCGAAAAGCGGUUUUUCUUGACGGCGACGGAUCCGCGAUAAAUGAAUUUCCGUUGGCUAUUAAAUGACACUAUAAUAUUAUUAUGACACGAAACCAUAGCUGUUUGUUUGAGAUUUAACAAAAAAUAACCGUCCGUUCAGAAUUAUAAUUCAAUAUAAUAACCUAACAAUAACGUUCGAAUGUAUUCAGGAAUUCCUAUACACGAUCAUUGUACGUACUAUAUAUACAUGUGUGUGUGGUAUGUAUUGCACGGAAAAGUGAAAGUGCCGAUAUCGAUCGACUGGAAUUUAAAAAAUAUGUUAAAUACCUGCGUGCAAACGCGUUAUAAAGAAGUCGGUUGUUUAUUGUAAUUUGUAUAAAGAAUUCUGAAAUCGUUGGCGGGCGAUGAAAAUUUACACGUUCGUAAAAUCCAUUUUUAUAAGCGCCUUAGAAAAAACCGUCGAUUCGUCGGCCUAUCCGAAUUAAAGAAAUAACAAUAAUAAUAAUAAACGUCUCAAUUCUUUAAUUAUGGCGAUGGUAUUGUUUGUUCGUUAAUCGUAUCACGCGCUUCCUUAUUAUUGACGUUGUGUUUUUCGUGCGUUGUCUUAUUUGCCAACACAAUUCGUUUUGUGUAACGAUUAAAACUAUAAACCGUGGUUCAAACCCUGUCAGUAGGAGUAUACCUCAAACAACAUUUUCUCAACAUUUCAAAUACCGCGGUUGCGGUUUACGACAAAUUACAACCCGCAAUAAUAGUAAAAAUUGUAGCGAUAGAUUGAUUUUGUUUUGGUUAUUGUUGUACGAGUGAACCUUACGUUUGGAAAUAAUAAAAAACGAAUCUUCUAGGUAUCGAAAUGGCGAAUUUAAACCGUUUAACAGAGCUUGUGUGCGUGUUUCGUGAGAAGCCUGGCGGCGUGUGUUUGAUUAAUCAAGAGACGACGUAUACCUGUAUACAUUAUAGUACAGUGUGAACGUAUAGUGUCUAGUAUAUUUAUUUUUUUUUUUUACAUUUUCUUUUGUGUUACGUUCAUCUCGGGAUGCAAAUAAUAAUAAUAUAACUACUCCGCGUACCUACCUGUAUUAUACUAAUGUACAUUUAGGGACCUCCCCCCCGGAGACUCCUCUCUGUUUUCGCUUUAAACACCUAGAUGACUUUUUGUUACGUUCGAUCGCUGCGCAUUAACCGCAUCAACGUUUCAUUGUUCCGAGCGUUUCGAGUUUGUAAUAAUUUUUUCGCCAUGCCGUCCGAGUAUAUUAAACCGACGACCGUACAAUAUAAAUGACCGUAAAAAUAAAAAACCACCAUUUUAAAUAUCUAUAGUCCGUAUAUAUUUUUAAUACUUGUCCGUCGACAAACAAAGUAAACAUUUUUUUUUUUCUAAAUAAAUACGGUACUUACCAGCUAGCGCGGUAUAGCUCGUUCAUAUGUUUACUUCGGAUCGAUUUUGGCGUUUCGAAUAAAGAAGUAUUUUCGUUUUAAAUUCUCGUCUCAUCUAUAUAUAUAUAUACAUACACAUACACACCCGUCCAUAUAGAUCCACCUGCCGAAUAAAAGAAUCUAAAAUUGGACAGAAUAGUGAUGUGUUUAGGAAAAUAAUUAUGUAUACCUCUAUUAUUAUAUACUCGUAUAGUUGUUUCAUAGUUUGCAACUGAAGUUAACAAUAUUAAUUAAAUCAGUGUGGUGGGGGGAGGGAAACCGUAAAUUAUGUGUCCCUACAUCGGUUUAUAAUCUAAACAAUGGCUGAUUAUUGAUAUUGUGUAGGAAAUGGUGUGUACAUUAUAAUACUAAUAUUUACAUUUGUUCCCGUGCGAAAUAAAUCAGAUUUGACUGUUGUUGUUGAAUAUUUGAAUGUUAUUAAUACUAAAUGCGCAGAUUGUAUUAUAUUUGUAUUAUUUAUCGACACAAAAAUGCAGGCUUAUCGGUGGUUGUUAGUGUAGUUUUUUCAAUGUAAUUUUAUGCUGUGGAAUUUUGUUGUACCUAUCUUCUUUCAAUUAUUUUUGCAUAUUCUCUUUUUUUUUUUUCGUUUACGACUGGAUGGAUUUUUUUUCAAGGCGCAGUCCACUUAAUCGAAUAAGUAAAAUAUCCGGACUAACCUAACUUAAUCUAACCUAACCUAAUUUAUAUUAUUAUAAUUGAGCGCGGGUAUAAAACCAUCUUGUUUUGAGCGUUUUAAAUGCGUUCUAUUAUACGUUUACUAGAUAAAGUCUAAGAUUACAAAUUGGGUGUGUAUUAUUUAAUCGUGUAAAAUAGAAUACCUAUAUAUUAUUAUUACCCAUAGGAUUAUCAUGUAUAUAUAUAUAUAUAUAUAUAUUUUUUUUUAAUUUGUACUAAUUUUCUCGUUUUAUAAUCGUAUAUAUGUGUAUACGCGUUUAACCGAAAGCAAGUUCCACCCAUAUUAUUAUAUUAUAUAAAUAUUUUCUAUCCCCUUAUUCUCGAUUCUACGCCGCACUGAAUACAUUUCGAAAUUUUCUUCGUUUGAAAUCGGAUUACAUCACAACAAUACGACCGUGUUAAUAUCUGCAGUAGAAUUCUACUCACGAUUAACAAUAAUAUAAUAUUCUUAUCAACGUGGCGGACGUGUGUAUAUAAUAUGAUACGGAGAGAUCACGUUUUCAGUUACCCUACCUAGUUACUGUGUUUCCAGCGUAGUUUAUUGUGCAACGCGAUCUAAACGCACUGUCGUACCUAUACACAGCCGUGUUUAUAUUAGGCCGGUUGACUGUAUUUAAGAACAUAAUAUGCGAACCUGUGUGGCACUCCGCGUGUUCGUAAUAAUCGUAAUAAUAAUAAUAAUACGACGAGAGUUUCGAGGUAAUUUAACGACUAUAAAACGACAAUGUUUUAUAUUUUUAUAAUACGCGUACAGCUGAUUGUACGAUCUUUGUAAUAUUAGUCAAUAGGUUUAAUAAACCUAAUAUUAUUUUAGAUUUUAUAAUUGUUUAAUUAUUAGCAACCGUCUUGUUGACUGACGUAUAUGGAAACUCGUUUAUUAAUUAGAUAUUUUAAUAAAGACCUUAUGCUGUACAUUUUUUUUUUCUUUUUAUCACCAAUUAAAAUUGUUAUCUUCACGUGGUCACUCGCGUAGUCAUACGGAAUACCUACAUAAUUUUAUUGUACUCUCUUUUUGGCGGUGACCCUCCAAUCCCUCUUAUAGAUAGUUGAAGAUGCUAUAUUUGUAUGUAAUACUCGCGGGGGGGGGAGGGGAGGCUUGAAUCGUAUAAUCAUCAUAAUAUUAAGCGCCAUGACCUUUAUUGCAUAACUCGUUCCGUGUGUACUACAACUGUAUACGAUAAGACGAAAGAAUGCCUCGACUUUUCCUGAUUAAGAUAAUAAAUAUAUACAUACAUUUAUAUACAAAUAAAAUAUGUAAUUUAUAUUGUUACGAAAUUCGGCGUGCUCUAUUAUAAUUUACGAGAGCCAGUUGUCGUACACUGAAUUGUAUUAGAUAUAUUAAACCGUGUUAUUUCGUUUAGAUGAUGAUAAUAAUAAUAAUAAUAAUAAUCAAUAUUUUGUACUAAACAUAAUUAAUCCUUUUAUUUUCUUAUUGAUAUUAUUGUGAUUGGCGUGUAUCUAUUUAUAUUUGAACACAACAUAUUUGUAUGUUAUGAUAUUCUUACGGUGUAUGUUCCGAUAUUUUUCUUAUCAAACACAUUAUAUCUAUAUAUAUACAUUUUUUUUUGUUUUUUUGUUAACGAUACAAUGUCCACACAAAUCGCCAAGUACUAUUCGGAUACGCUCUCUUUUUCGAAAAAAAAAAAUCGAAUUAUAUAUUCAUAUAAUUAAAUGUACAAUUACGUAGUUUUUUUUUGAUGGAAACCAUUAUUAUUAUUUAGAUUGGUAUUAAUUUUUAAUAAAAUUAUACGUAUUCCGAUGAUAUUAUUAUUAUUAUUGUUUUUUUUUUUCUGUAUUCCGAGUCUUUUACUUUCGCCGGUAACGAGUGUGGACGUUCGUGAAAGAAUAACCCUACGAAAGGAAAUCUCCGAUUCGUUCCCCAUUCCCCCGAGAAGGUUAUAUAUAUUUUUUUUACAACGGAAAAAUAAUAAUAACGAUAAUAAUAAUAAUAAUAAAAAACUAUUCUAUUGUUGAUCGAUUACGGCGGCGGCGGCGGAUUCAAACUCAGCAAUGGAGAGGGGCUAAGAUUGUUGUCAUUGGCCGAUAUAGAUUAAUUCCAUCACCUUGUGUGUCAUACAGGUUGGUGAAAACUCGUUCCAUACUCUUGACAACUGGCCCCUUAACAGCGUUAGUAUUGUGUUUGAGCACUAAAAAUAUAUGUAUUUUUGUAACAGCGACGCAAUUCUUCGUGCGACCCGGUGACCUUGAACCGUAAACAAUUUCUAGUAAUAAAUAACAUCCACAAGAGAAUAUUUUAAGAUUAAAUAUUACGAGAGAGUAUAUUAUACGAAACGUCGUACAGGAACAACCGGUCCAUACACACAGCCUCUGGCUAUGACUGGCGAACGACCCGGCCCGACCGUGCUCGGAGUUUUCAUGAACAUCCUCUGUUUGUAUUUGGAUCCUAUUUUCGGAUACUUCGAGUAAACACGACUCCGCCGGAUGUUUUAUCACGGAAAUAGAUUUCCUGAGCUUGUGUUUAUACAUCAUGUUACAAUACGACUACUACUUAUAUGUAAACAUUACAUAUUUCAUUAUAUUAUUAUAUUUGUAAGCGUCUUUGAAUUCCGUUGUUGUUUGGGGUUUCAAGUGGUUCGCUUUCAGUUUUUAAUGCUAGUUUUGUAGGAUUGGCUUAUUUAAAUGUAUCGAUCUGGAAUUGGAAUACUAUAUUAUAUAAUGGAAAGAAAUAUUAUGUACGCCCGCUUCUGAACGAGUUUUUUUUUUUAAAAAAAAAAUCUUAUAGUUUCUCGUUUACGUUUCGUUUUGUUCCUAGUAUAUUUUUUAUUCAUCAGUUCAGUAUAUCAUAUUAUAUUUACCUUUAUUAUGAUGGAUUCGAUUUCGUCGUGACAAGCUAAUACAGAAAUUAUAUUACAUCAAACAUGCAUGCAUGCAUGCAUGCAUACAUACAUACAUACAUGCAUACAUACAUACAUACAUAUAUCAACAACAUCAUGGAUAAUAAGUUUUUGUUUAUAAAAAAAAACUUCGCUUAGUGUGGGUCAGUUCACAAUAGAAAUUUUAAUUUCGUUUUAAGCGGGAUGUUAAGAAUUAUUUUAGUUUAUUCACGAAUGUAUAUUUCUGUAAACCCGGUAGUAAGAUAAGGUUUAUUUCUGGCAUAUUAUUAUUUGUUAUAUUGAGUAGUAAAAUGAGUCUUCGUUGUGCGAACGGAAUGGUAACGAGGCCACCAGGUAGUUUUUGUUGUACACAAAGAGCAGCCGAUACUGCAGCGUGUCAUCGGUAUUUAAUGCGCAUCGUGUGCAGGAUUUAUGUCGUCGCGGAUAGAAUAAAUAAUAGUUAAAAGUUAUACGAACAGACAUCGAAAGCGAAGACGUAAUAAUACAAUUUUCUGUCUUCACAAAUAAUAAAAAAAAUGAAAAACAAAAAUCUGUUUUUAAUCGCGUUACGUCAAUUUCACACGUUAUUUUUCGGAUCAUUUGGUAUGUAGUGUGGUGUAAUGUUAAAUUUUUUUUUCUCACGUGCACGCCAUAGAAACUGUUUCAGAACUAAAUUAGUAGAAAAAAAAUGUAUUUUAUUUUAUUUGUGUGAAUAAUUAUUUGGAAAAAAAAAAUAAAAUGUUGGAGGGUAUCUGGCAACCAGAUGUUGUUAUUUAAACCUUGUAACAAAUAAUAGCAAGAGUCAUUACAUAAACUUGUUAGGCCGAAUCGAUUCUUAUUCGAGUAAAACUCCUCUAAUACUCGUAAUAUAAUAAUAAUCUUACGGUAUUCCCAGUAAAAUCCUAAUUAAUUUAGAUUCCUAUAUUUUCGAGUAUAAUUUGGCGAAAAAAUUAAAAAAACAUUGUAAUUGCAUUUCUAAUUUAUAUAAUAUUGUGUGUUUGAAGGAAAUUGAAACCCUUAGAUUUAUAUUUUUUUUUAUUGGAUAUUUUUGAAAUAAUUCUUAAUGAAACGAAGCAUGUAUAUUUUGUUUUACUAUGAUAUUUUUGUUCUUGUGUAUGUAAAUAACUUCCAAAAAAAUCUUGCUCCGAUCCAAAACUUUUAUUGGGUCUUUCUUAUAGAAUUUUUUUAAAUUUUUUUUUUUGAUCCUUUUUUCAUGUUCUUUGUAAUUUUCUUAAUAAAUGGGAAAAAUGACAAUUCUGUUUAUAAUUUCUAUUGAUUUACAACUAAUAAUAAUUCUGUUCAGAAUCGUUUUUCGAGUAAAGUGAAUCAUACUCUGUUAAUAAUAAGUAGGUAUUUCUAAUUUAGAACGGCUAGGUAUGUGUGUAUAUAUAUAGUGACGUUGGUGGUAAUUACGUAGGUAUAACAGUAUUCGAUUUCUAUGGUGGACUUCCUUACACGUUUAAUCGACUCGUGUAUCUUCCGAGCAAUGUAAUUCGACAAGACUAUAAUAUUGAUGUAAACCUAAACCAUAACCGCAGGAAAUGCGAUAUUUUUAUUUUAUAAUAUAAUAUACUCGUUUGGGUUCGGUUGUUUUAUGAUGUUUUUAUCUGGAAAUAAUUAUUACUACUGCAUGUUUUUUUUUUUUUUUUUUGUCAACCGAGUCCAGUAUAAAAUUAUUAUUUAUCUCGCGCCCAUUGAUUAAAUUUUGGAUGUUUAUUUUUGAUAGGCAGCUAGUAAAAUGAUACUUUUAUAUUUGUUCAACAACUAUAUAAUAUUUAAUAUAAUAUGAAUGCAUUAAUUUUUGUUGUGGUAUUUAUGUUCAACUCGUUUGUAUAUAUUGUCCGUGUAAUACACAUCAUACACAUAAAAUAUAAUAUCUAAACAGAACGACGUGCAUGUAUAAUAUUUCAUUGGUUCGAACUAGUAUUUUGAUAAAAAUUGUUAUUAUACAUUUUUCGUUAUCGAAAUAAAUUGGAUUAAUUUAACGUCUUAUCUGGAGUAUGCGAAUAGUUGUACAAAGAGGGCUUGUUUUAUAAAUACGUAUGUAUAGAAGUUUAUUAUUAUUGACGCAGUUUACCGAACAAAAUAUUUGAUUACAACAACUGUGCAUAAUUAAAAGUACUUAGUUGAAUGUUUAACGCCUUUCCUUUUAACGAAUAUUCAUCGAGGAAUUUAUUUUAUAAACGUUUUAUAGAACUAUUGCUGCAGCGCUACAACAGUAUUAAAGCCCAAUUAAUUAUAAUAUUAUUAUCUCAUACAUUUUUAAAUAUUCUAAUGUAAAAAUCAUAAACCACUAACAUUGUAAUAAUAUAUAUUUAAUUGUUAAUUGAAUAACUCAAUACUACGUAGGUAUCGAAUAAAGAAAACGCAAUUUUUCACCGACUUUUAAUUGGACGAUAGCUUUAGUUGCUAAUUAAGUAGAUGGCUAUUCGAUUUGACAAUGUUUUUAUUUAUUUUUUUGAUUAAACAUUUUGGAGCUGUUAAUACGCUCAGUAAUCAGAAUUGAGCAGCUUAGAAAUUUAGUAAUGAAACUGAGAAAAAUCCCAUGAGAACAGAUUAAAGCAGCCUGUUCUAUGCGAAUCAGUCUAAAACUUAGGUUCUUGUCAUUAAAAAGUGUGUACUCAUUUAAGGUAUGAUGAGUAGGGUUAAAAAAAAUUAAAGGAAGUGUUGAAAUAAGUUUGUAAUGGUUUUAUGAUGAUUAACACAAAAUAGAAAUCAAAUUCAUUUGAAUCCUCCAAUAAAAUCGCUGGCUCGUGAAUGAAUCAUUCUGUAUAUAUUUUAAUUAUUUAUUCAUACUUUUGUGUAUAUAUAUGUAGUUAGGUAAAUAAUAUUAUAGUCACAAAAAACAAGUUUAUGUUCAAUGUUCACGCAUUCAAAUAUUCUAUUUUUGCAUUAUCAGUAGAUUAUUGGAAAAUUGUUAUGGGUUUAAAGCAAUAAAACUCGGUGAAAACGGUGUCAACGAUCGUAUAAAUUAAUUUUUGUUACUUUAUAAUAUAAAUUUUAUUGUAAGUGUAUUGAUACUAUUCCGCAGUUUUAUUUUAACGGUUUAUCACAUUUUAUGUACUUGCAUAAUUAUUGUAAAAAGUAAACUGAAAUAAUUCCUUAUUUCCUAAUGAAGUGGGCAAAUCAUUACGUUAUAAUAGAAACGUUUAUUUUAAUCUGUAACGAUAUUUUUUGAAUUUUAUAAUAUUUUUACAAAAACUAAAAACUAAAUUUUUCACUGUUAUUUUGCUCAUUUUUAUGUGAGCUGUGGAAGAGGCUGUAAUUUUUUUUUUUUUUUUUUAAAAAAAAAAUAAAAAUGUGUAUAGUUUUUGUUUAUUUUUUAUCAGGUAUAUUUUUAUUUGAACAGUUUUAUUUAUCCAAAUACUCAUUAAAAAAAUAUUGAACCUUUUUUCGUUUUAAUUUACGAUUAACAUUAAAAUUACCAUCGAAAAAUAAUACGACUUACGAACACACUUAAUUUAUGAUAUCGUGAUUUAGAGUUGAGCAUGGGGUAUUUUUAAUACUGCACGUCUGUUACAACCAAGAUAACAAUGUGUUUGCUAUAAAAUGUAAUAUUAUUUAUGUUUUGAAAGUUUUAUCAUUAUUAUUUUACUACUAUAACUCUUAUACCAUUAUAAAGACAUACGAAACAUGAAUCAUUGGAAAAUGUCUGACACGGGAUACUAUUCUUAUAAUGUUUUCGCAUACCUACCUACUUACUUAUUAGUUAUUAAUAUUCUCAAAUACUUGCAGUUAUGGAAAUUUGUAUAAAGUAUCAGAUUUAAAGUCUUAUUGGUUAGAUAUAAUACUCGGUUUGUUAACGAUAAAUAUAUAAUAUGUAUAGUUACCGGCUAGUUUGUAGAAAAGUGAUUUCCUUGUGUUACUCAUCACUGAAUGAAGUGCGUUUAAAUCGCUGACUUGAAACUGACUAAUUUAUCGUAAAAUAAUACAGCGAACUUCUGUGAGUCAUACGCAUCAUCAAAAUCAGUGUUAGAGCAUGUCGACAUUGAAUUUCGACCAAGGUCGUCAUUUUUAUUUUAUAGCAAAAUUAAUUCGCUGCAUUGCUAUCACAUGUUGUCUAAUCUUUAUUAUUAUUAUAUAAGGUACAUAUAGGUAAUUUAUUUUUGCCGAAUCCAAUUGAUAAGGUUUUAUUCGCUUAUUUUGUUAUGAGUUACUGUAUUUUUUUUAUAUAUAUGUACCUGAAUGUAUUUUUUCAGUUUUAUACUUAUAUUAGAAUCGUUUAUCUAAAAAAGUAAUCUGCAAUAUUAUUAUUUCUUCUUUUGAUAUUUCACGCAAUUAUUUGAGGCCCGCAGAAUCUGUAUCCCGUCCUAAAAUAUAUCUUCCCAAAGCUUGUAAUAUUUUUUCUAACGUGUUAGUACGUUACCAAACCGUCAAAAUGAAUUAUCUUAGUCUAUUUAAAAAUAUAAAUAUUACCUAUAUUUUUAAAAUGACCGAUUCGUUUCUAUAUUUUUUUUCAGUUAUAUCAUUUUCUAUAUAAAACCCUUUUAUUAUAAGUGUAACCGUAAUUCUGUUAUAGGUACGUAGUAUUGCAUAGUUCCUCUAAUUUUUUCGAUUUCAUGUGAGUACGGGAUUCAUACAUAAUCUAUAUUAUAUUAUUUUCUAUGUUGUGCGUAUGUGUAGAAAAUAAAAUAUAAAACUAGAGAUGAUGCAACUGAUGAGUGUACUGUAAUGUAGUUGGGAAAUUGGGAAGGGAAGUUACAAUUUUCGUCGAAAUUUGGACAUGAAAUACCGUUAAUACCGUAAACUUUAUCAUUUUGGAACUCGUGUCGAAUGCUAUUUACGCGAAUGUCGAUCAAUGUUAUCUACGUCUCUGACGAUAAAACCAAUGUGGGUCCGACGUUGACAGUGCGCUCUUAUGUCGUUGGUAGAUAGUUAUGUAUACUAUAUAUAUUACUGGCCAAACCCGAUUUUAUGAUAAACUAGUAGUUUAUCCUUUACAUCAGAUGUGUUAAGCCUUUAAAAAACCGAUGUAUAAUAUAGUCUACCGUGUCGUUUUCAGACUAACCCCCUCCCUUCUGAACGGGAUGAAGUAGAUUGCGGUUGUGAUAGAUACGUUUUCGGUGUAGGCAACAUACGACGCGAGCUCCCCCAUUUUUCCCAAUUUUUAAGAAAAUUAUUUGGAAAAUAAAAAAACUUGUCUCGACGUAGAAAAGUUGUACAAAUGCACCACACAUUCAGACAAAAAACACACACACAUUAUAGAAAACCAAUAUAUCCAUCGCUAUGCGCAGAAUCGAAUAUAUUAUAGUUUUAUGAUAAUUUUAAAACCAUGCAAAAUAUCUUUACGAUAAAAUAAGGAGUUUUAUGUAGUAAUCAAUAGAAAACGAAUAAAUGACUCAUUCGGCGACAACCCUCUGUCCGGUAGUGUAUAAUAAUACGGCGGAACUGUUGAAAACGAACGGCGGCGUCGGCGUCGACGAUGAGUCACGAGUUUCUCUUCGGUCCCUGGUAGACACAAGGGGGAAAAAGUAUCUUGUGUAUAGCGUGCGUGUACUGUACGCCGUUAUAAGUUGUGUGUAUUGAUGAAAUCAACGGGGCAAAUGUUGGUUUUUACCUACAAAGGAACACAAAAUUACUUGCCGAUUAUUAUAAGCGAGAUCGUUGCUCGUAGAAUACAAAUUGUCUGAAUAACUGAGUCCAAAAAUAUAUUUUUAUUCUAACACAUAUUAUAUUGAAAUUAAUGAAACUGUCUUAAUUUACUAUAAUAUUUUUUUUUUUUUUUUUGUUUGGCUAAAAAGGCAUAGUCGUUUAGAACAACGACAUUUGAGUUGGGCUAUAUAGAAAUUUAAAAACUAUGCCAUUAUGCCAUCUAGCAAUUUUUGAAAUUUAAUUUACUUGUAUUGAAAACCAUAUAUGACUUCAGCCGUAGACCGAUGAUACAAUUAUUUAGUUCGAUCGAAAAUAAUGCCUAGGUAAUUUUACUAUAAUGCGGUAGUCCAAUAUAAGUUCUAUAAAAUAUAUAGGUACCUACUUCAGAUGUAUAUUUUUUUUAAAUGUACACCGCAAGGUUUUAUUAAUUUAAAACAAAUAAUACUCCAAGUGCUUUUGAAAUUCGUUUUAAUAGUUUAUGCUUCAAUUAAAAUAAUUAAAUGACGCUUCAUAAAUAUAUAUACAUAUAUAGGUAUACAUUUUAAAAAAAGCACUUAGUAUAUUAUUAUAAUAUAAUUAUGUUUUAAAUUACUAUAUCCGAGUGGUAUAUAAAACGAUGGUGUAACUUUAAAAUAGCUUUACUACUGAAAAAAUGUUACAAUAAUUGUGCAUUUCGAAUAAUUAGAAAGUCCCAUAAAAUAAUAUUUCUUUUUUCUUUAAAAUACGGUCAUGUUUAUUUGUAUUAUUUUAUAAUGUCGCAGCGUAUACUGUAACAACACGUGUCUCAACAUUUUAUCAAACGAAAUCACUAUCGAUAUUAAUAAAAAAAAAAGUGUUUCCGAGCAUUAUUAAUUUGUUUGAACUUGCGGUUACAUUGUAAAUCACAAACAAUAAUAACACCACUUAUAUCAAAACCGUGUAUCAACAUAUGUAUAUAACGUAUUUCAGACAUUAACAUUUAUGGCACAUGACCAUUUAAAUAAUAUUUUUAAACUACCAAAACUGAGAUACAGUUACAUUAUAAGCGAUGAUUUUCAGCCUAAAAUAAUUAUAUUGUAUCAAAUAUAAUUAAUGAAUUUAUUUGACCGUUAACAAUAUUCAUGUCUGUAACCGGCCUUUCUAACAGAAAUAUUCCUCCGUUUAUCAAAUUUAGGAGUGAUUUCAAGUAGAACAUUUUGUCUAGUUGGUGCACAUCGAGGAUGUAAUUUUUUUAUUUUACUUGUACAUAAUUUUCUUAAUAAUUGAGAGAAGAUAUCGAGAAAACGGGAAUGCAAUUUCCCACCAAAAAUAUUCAAAAAUUGAUUCAAGAUCAUCAUAAAUUUUACUUAAUGGUAUAAAAAGUUAAAUGUAACGUACUUUUUUUUUUUUCUUUGUGGAGGUAAAAUUUCCUUCGAAAAUCGUAAAAUUCGCAGCAUUUUUCAAAAUAUGUUUAACCGAACUUGUUCAGAAUUGUUUUUCGUUAGCAUUGAUGAUUUAUCGUUGCGUAAAAAUAUAAUUUAAAUUACUCUAUGUAAUUUCUAAUUUUCCACCUACAACCAUAGCACACCCAUUAGCAGUAUCAGUUCUUUUUAUACUAGAAUAUGUUAUCUAAUACAUUUUUUUCCUAUUGUAACUCACAUUAAAAAAAUUAUAUUGAUAUGGGCCGCUUGAAGUCUAAGGUACAACGGGAUUGGAAUUUUUCUGUUUUAAAACAAUGAUAAAUGUUUUAUAAAUAGUAAAGUAUAAUCGGCCAUUAUCAAUAUUGAUAAAUUAAAAUAUAUAAUUAUUCAUCAAAAUAUGUAUUAAAAACAUUUCCAGUAGAUUAUUUUAAAAUUACUGUUUUACAUUUUGAUAGUCAUAAAUUAUUAUUAAUAUAAUAAUGGUUGUAUAAUGUCGAGCUCCUUAAAAAUGUGUAAUUAAUGAAUAAUAAUAUUAAAAUACCAAGAUACCAUAGGUACAAUAUAGGAUUUUAACUCGUGUUACUUUAAAAUUGUAUUAGUCAAAUUUGCAUUUUUUUUAAAUAUUUUCUCAAAAUAAUUAAUUAAAUUAAACAUUGUACUACCUGUGGCGUGUUGUACAUUUUUCUACCCCGAAAGUGGAGACUACUCUAUGUAAGUGUAAUUUAUUAAUAUUGAAAGAGUUAAAUUGUUAAACGAAACUUAUCUAAAUUGUAAACAAAAAUGUAGUCUAAACUAUAUUAUUAUAUUAAUGAAUCAUAAGUAUUUGUUAUGCGAUUUUCUUUUAUUAUCAGACUUGAUAAACUUAUCAUGAAGGUCUUCAUCAUUAAUCAGUAAUCGCAGAAAAAAAUACAGCUAGACAAAACGGAUACUUCAUUUAUUCAAUAAUUUUUUAAUUAAACAUAUUUUGAUAGUAAUUUAUUAAACUUGUUAAAAUAAAAUAAUCUAUACCUAUUACCCAGAUAAAAUGUAGAAUGGCCAUUUUUAAAGAAUAUUAAUUCAUUUAUGCCAGAAUGUGGCAUACAUAUUUAUUUAUUAUUGUAUGUUUGUCUCACAUAAUACUUAUAUAUUUAGUUGCCAUGGAAAAUAAGUAAGGCGGACUGAUUUUAUAUAUAAAAUUUAUUUACAAUAAUAUUAGUUAGAUAUUAUAAUGUAGUAUAAUAACGAUUUCAUGAUUUUUAACGCACCAUACAAGUUUGUAAUAACAAUUAAUACAGACAAUAUAAUGCUUUGUUGAAAUAUAUUAUGUAGUCAAAUGAUUAUGUGAUGUAUAUUCAUCGAUUUCUACGAUUCUCCGAUGCACGUUGACUUUUUAUUGUACCUACUCAUUAGGUUUGUCAUUUUUCAAAAGCCAUGUUACUUGAUACAAAAUUUAUUUUUCCAAAUAUGUAUUUCGUCGUCAUUAUCGGUACGCUGUCGUAUUAUAAACGUCAUUUUCCGUUUUAAAAUUGGAAGAAAAUGUCCACUUAUAGUAAUGUUGUGUAAUAUUUGAUUUGGGCAGGCAUAAUACAAUGUCAAAAGUGUCUUUCGAGUAACACAAUUACGGACAACUACACCUUAAACAUAAAUCAUAGCACUACUAACUCGGUUCAAGGACAAGGGUAAUAAUAAUGAUCACAGGAUGUAUGCAAGGCAUUCUUAUUCAAUUGAAUAUAACGUCUGGUUGCCUAGCCAAUCGUUUAUCCACUGUAACAUUAUAGUCUCUUUCUAUUUCGUUUUUAUUAUUAUCGGCGUGUUGUAUUCAAAUACGACGCACGUAUAUAAUAUUGAUGUACGCGUUUAUUUUAAAUCACGUACCUUUUAUAUGCAUAUAUGUACUCGUUCCAUUAUUUUCCUAGUAAUACGAACCGCUAGAUUUUUUUUUUUUUAUUCCUAACACUGUGUAUUACCGGAAACCACUAUCAAUGAGUUCUCAAAAUAUUUGUAUAAUAUAUUGACAGUCGCUGUCAAAACUACUGCUAUUUUUUUUUUUUUUAUUUACAUUCAACGAUUAGCUAUUAUAAUACAUUUAUGCACGGACUUGUGGCGCGUUUCACAUAUUAUAGGUGCAAUAUUUAAUUUUAUUAUAUCUCAAUGUGUAUUGGUAAACAUUCAUUAAACAUAUAUUAUUUAAAUGUGAAUUCUUCGUUUUCAAAGAACAAAUUCCCCUCCGAUAUAAUUUAAGCAUUUUAAGCGUAAUGUGUACUUUGUAGAUAAGGACGAAUGUAUUUUAUUAUUAUACGUGAUAUUUAAAUUGGUGGGGCAAAAAUGACUGGUAAUUAAUUAUUUUUUUUUUUUAUUUUAUUUUGUUUCAGACUGAUCAAACGUUUGACGUAGAAUUUGUGUGACAAUUCAAACGUCGUUAAUAUAACCUAAAAACUGAACAUUUUAUCAUAGUUUUUACUUUAUAAUUGUUAAGUUUUAAACAUACAUAAAAUAAUUUAUAUCCGAAUUUUGGUGACUAUACGAAUAACUACUAACUAAAAUGGGAGCCAGACAAAGCAAAAGAUCGGUAGACAUAUCUGCCGGAGCGACGAAAGCAGAAAAAGCACCAGCUGGCGAACCUUUGGAAAAUGGUACAAUUACCUCAUCUGCCGAUGAAAAACAAGUGAUCGAGGUAAAUGGCGGAGUAGAAGAAACACCCAAACAGAAUGGCUCAACACCACAUGUAGAUGAAAAGGUAUUAUAAUUAUUAUCAUUUUUAAAAAGAAUUUUAAAUUUGAUAACAAUUUUUCCUAGAUUUAUCUUCACAAACAAUAAUCCCUUAAUGACUUAUUAUUGGACGGUAUUAAUGUACGGUGUAAGUGCGUAUCAUUAAUGUUGCAAUUCGUAAUAUUACCAUUUUAAGUGAUAUUAUCUAAUUAAAUUUUUAUUCGGUGCCUAAUAUUUAUACAAAUUUAAAUUUUAUUUACACAAACAUAGUUAUGUCAAAUUUUUCCCAGAAAUAGAAACUAUAUUGCACUGCAUUUAGGUUUUCAUUAAUGGAAUUUAAUUCAUCUAUAUAAUAUAAUUUUAAAUGUAUAGAUUCUUAAUACUAAAUCACAGUUUAGUAUAUAUUAAUAAUAUACAAACUUUUGUAGAAUAGUAUUUAGCGUCAAUAUUGCAAUAACCUACAAAAUGACUGGUUUUCGUUUUAAAAUAUUUUUGUUUUCAUAUUGUCUCAGUUUGUAUUGUUCUUUCUUUCUGGUUGAAUGUAGACAAAAUCAGUUUUGUUUGUCAUGCAAAUCAGUAGUGUAAACCCUAUGGUAAUUUCUAUAAUAUUAUUCUAAUCUAGAUCCAUAACAACGCAUGGCAUUAGGUAAUAUGAAAAUGACUAAUUUUCUAAAUAUAAUAAUUUUAAUUUUAUUUGUGUCUUUUAUGUAGGUUCCAACUGAAAUAAUUUAAACAUUAUAUUUUCUUAUAUUAAAAUCAAUUUAACGAAAAAUGUAGGUUGUAAAUUUUUUUGGUAGUUAGGUUAAGUAAACCUGUUGAAGUAAAUUUAUGAAACUUUUACAUGUCUUACAAUAUCUAUUUUUUUUUUUCCUACGAAAACUAAUUAUUUAUUUACCUAUUGUAAGUUGAAAAAAAAUGUUUUUCAGUUUUUUUUUAAAUUAAAAUUUGUAUUUCUUUUAAUCCCCUUUAAGAGGUGAUUACUAAUUUUAAACAUAGUAAUCACAAGAGAAGAGGGGUAAAUUAAUAUUUUGGUUUUUUACCCGAUGUUUCGAUAUUAAAUAUAAUCGAAAUCAUCACUAGGGGCCAAAACACCAUUUUAAGUCUUUAAACUAAUGCAUACUGAAGUUUCAACGCAAUUUUAUUUACAUCAUAAUGUGAUAAUAAUAAUAAUAGGUACCUAGUAGUAAACAAUAUAAGUAAAUGUUUGUUAUAGGAAAUAUAAAUUUAAUUUCAGAAAAACUAGAUUAAGUAGGUACUUUUAAUUAGUAGUUGUCACUUGAAAAUCAAUAUCCUAAUAGGUGUGUCCUUUUUAGAGGUGAUUGCUAAUGUGUUAUGUAGCUUUCAUAAGAGAAGAAGGAUAUAGUAAUAUUUUGGUUUUUUUACCCGAUAAUUCGAUUAUUAUAUUGUCGUAAUUAUCACUAGGGGCCAAAACAAUUUAAAAUAUGCAUAAUAAUGCUUAGAGAUAUAAUAUAAAACAUGUAGGUACUUAUCUUUUAAAAAAUCAUAAUUUUUACAUCCUUUUUAGAGGUGAUUGCUAAUGUGUUUUAUGUAGCUUUCAUAAGAGAAGAAGGAUAAAGUAAUAUUUUGUCUUUUUAAUCCGAUAUUUCGAUUAUUAUACUGUCGUAAUUAUCACUGGGAGCAAAUACAUGAUAAAAAAAAAAAAAAUGUGUAAGUUGAUCGAAAAGAAUAAUAUAUAGGUACAUAAUAAUUUAAACUAAGCUUGUGAUAGAGAUAGAGAAUUAUAGAUUUUUAAAUCUUAUAGAUUAUCUUUAUGCCUAGUAAAACAAUAUUAAUAUUUUUCUCGUUCUUUCUACGUAUUUUUUUGGUUUUGCUCGAUUGUUAAAAAAAAAAAACUUCAAAGAAAAUCAAAAAAUAUAUCUUGUUCUUCUAUUGGAGUAAUAUUUAUGGUAGAAAACAGAAAGCGUAAAAAUUUAAAAAUUAAGGAAUCCCGGCACCAUAAAUUUAUCGUGUUUUCAUUUUUUGGUUUUUCUUAGUUAUUACAACAAAAAGUACUAAGAAAAUCCAAAUCCGAAUAACCUAUUAACGUACUAGAUUAAAAAUGCAACACAAUUGUUAUUUUUCUAUUAGAAAAUAUAAGCCGUACAAAUUUAAAAUAAUGAAAUUGUUGUACAGUAAUUUGAUAAUGAAUCUUAUUUUUUGUCAUUUUUGUUUUUUCCUAAUUAUUAUGUAAAAUACUUUAGAUAUCAAAUAAUGACUUACUCUAUCGGUGGAUAUAUGUUAAAAGUAACAAAAUUGAUGUCUUAUCGUUUUUUGAUUGGAACAAUAUUUUUAUUAGAAAACAUAAGUUGCAAAAAUUAAAAAUUAAAUUAAAUGAAAUCGAUAUGCUGUAAAUAUUUUUUAAAUUCCUUGUGUAAUAAAAAAUGACCUUUAUUACAUCAACUAGACAAAAUUUCUUUCAGAAGAUGUGUUAAACUCCAUGCAUCAGAUAAAGAUUUCUUUUUGAAAAAUUGUUUACAGGCAGAAAAAAAAAACGCCCUCUUAGUUACACCAAUAGGAUCCCUCAAUACCCUCUGAAUCUUAAAUAACGAGCCAAGCACACUACCUUGUUACACUCCACAUAUUAUUUUCCUUUAUUGACCUAAUAGUAAAUUUAUUUUAACUGUUAAUUGCCUAUCUGUAAGAUAAUUACUUAUCCAUUUCAGACUAGAUGAAGUUAUGGCUCAUUAUGGUUACUGUAUAAGAUGCCUUACCCUGGUCUAAGACAACUGAUAAACAAUUUUUUAUCAUUGUCAAGAGCAUUAUAUUUUUUAGUCGAUUUUGAAAUGUUAUAUAUAUAUUACAAUAGUUGUUACUAUUUUAUUAAUUAUACAAUUUUGUUAAAAGUGCAGAAAAAACUAGUUUAUGGUCACCUUGCCACCGCACUUGGAAAAGUCUUAAGAUUUUUUAAUUUUUUCUGGAAUUUAAAAAAAAAAAUUCUUAGCUUUUUGUGCCAUUUAUGGUUUCAAGAAUCAUGGCAUAUCAAAAAUUAAAUUAGGUAGAUUAUCAAAAAAAAAUAAACUGAAUUUUAUGAAACUUUCAAUAUUAAUUUUCAGAAAUGUCAAAUGUUUAUAGUCUAUACUAUUAUCAGAUUAAUAACACAGACUAAAUAAUUCCGUAUGUUCUUUUUUUGAAGUAGUCAAUGUACCUAGCAAUUAAAUCCAUUUUUUUAUUGUUUUUAAUACAUUAAGUUAAAGGAUUUUAUUUUGUGUUAAGGUAUUUACAUAUUUUAUGUUACUAGUGAACCAGUACCAAGUUUUAUUAUUAUAGAUAUAUAAUAUAAAAAUAUUAUUUUUUUUUUAUUAUUGAAGUAUUAAGUAUAAACAUUACAUAACUUAUCCAUUAAUAAUUACAUUAUCUAAAUAAAAAUUAUUUGUUAAAAUGAAAAUGUUCUUGUUCAUUUUUUUUAAAUUUGAACUUUAAUUUUAAUAAUGGGUAUGGAAAAUUAAAAAAAAAAAUUAAAAUAGUCUAAAAGUCAGGGAAUUUGUCAAUUUGAAAAUUGUGGCAACCAUGUAGUUGUAUUUUAAUUAUUUUGUAAUACAAAUCAUACAAUUCUCAAUAAAAUUAUGUUUCAGGAAAAUGCUGAAACAGCACCUUCUGUUGAUGAUGUCAAGGAACCUGCAAAUUCAGAAGAAGAAGAAAAAACUGAAGCUACAGCUUCUGAAGUUAAUGGAAAUUUAGACACUACUGUUGAAGAAUCAGCUAAAAGUCCUACCGAUGAAUCGGCUUCAACAGAAGUACAAGCAUCUGGAGAAAAAAAACGCAAGAAGAAGAAAUCUUGGUCAUUCAGAAGCAUCAGUUUUUCCAAGAAGGACAAAUCUAAACCAACAGUUAAGGAAACGUCCGUUACUGAUGUAAAAACUGAAACUGUAGAAGAGGUAAGAUAGCAAAAAUUAAUAAUAUAAUUUAUAAUCUUUAUAAAAUUCAAUUUAAUCCUACUGAUUAUAGUUUCACGAAAUAGUGUUGGGAAUAAAUGGAUUUUAAAUAUUAUGUAUAUUUAGUAGAUAUAUAUUAAUAAAAAAAAAAUACCACCAUUUUUGUUAUGAAUUUUAAUGUAUAUUUUCUUUAAGCUAAUAUAAUAAAAAUAUCAUUCUAAUUUUUAAUAUUACUAACAAUGAACUAUGAGUUAUAUUCUAGUAUAUAGAGUAUUAUAAAAACUAGUUAAUUACGAAUAAAUCAAUAAUAAAGUUUUAACAUUUAAUAUAAAUUUUUACUUUAAAGUUUACAUUAUAAAACUUAAAAUAAAGAGAUUAUUUCUUUUUCACAAAAGUUAAUUAUAUAUGAAUAACUAUUUCAGUUUUCCAUAAUUCACUGUUGAAACUCUAUACUUCCGUCUAGUAAUGUAUUAACUAUAUGGUAUAUAUAUUGUAAAGCCUUUAUUCUCAACUUUAUUUUGGUAAUUAUUAUAUUAUAAAAACCUUACAAAUAUAUAUUUCAAUAUGGCAAACAUCAAUGACUUCAAAUAUGUUUUUUUUUUUAAAAAAAAAUUACUAAACCAAUAGUUAAGAUACCUAAUUGAUUUCUUUUUUUGCAAGUUAAAGUAACUAAGAAUUUGUCCUUAUAUUUAUAAUGUUUCUGAUUUAUAAAUUGUAUUCAAUAAUAGUACAUUCAUUCAUUCCCCAAAAAAAAAUAACAGUACUUAAUAAUUUUGUUUAAUUCUUUUAUCUUCUUACGUCUGGCUGCAACACAAAAACAUGGUACUUAUAUUAUUCUAAAAUUGUUUUAAUCUACCUAUUAACUUGGGUAUAAUACAAGAUUUUUAAUAGUUUUUAAAUAUCACAACACAAUAUUAACUAAAUGUUAAAUGAUUUUGGAGUAAGUUUUAUUAAACUCUUAGAUUUUAGAAUGGCAAGAAUAAAAUAUUUCAUUUGUUUUCAACCUAUUUCUGAUUUUGUUCUAGUAUUUUGAAUGCCCUGGAUCCAUGUUCGAUUCGGUUUUUUUUUUUUUUUUUUACCAGACAGUAGCCUGGUCACAAAAGCAAACUGUGAAACCUUGAACCUAUCACGGUGCUGUAGGACAUUGACUUGUUUGAAUACUCUAUGUAUGAUAGCUCUAUAUAUCAGUUUCUCUAAUGUUGUUGUUACGUUCUUCAAACAGAGAACGCACUAGAUCGCGCGCAUGUCGAUGUUAGUCACGAAUUUUACCAUAUUUAAUUUUUUAUUAUUAUUAUUAUUAUUAUUAUUGCCGCAUCUAACAGAGAGAAUAAAGAAGAGGGAAAGGGUGUAUACAGUGGGUAUAAUAUAACAUUAUAUGUGCCACGCGCGAUCGGGAUUAAUCAUAUUUUAGUUUCUUAAAAACAGACAACAAUAGCCGCUCGAAAAUUGUCAGCGUAAACAAUAAAUAUAAAAACGCACCUUUUUGAUGAUAUAGGAACUUAUUAUUAUAUUAUAGAGCGUACGUGAAUAUAGUUUAAGAUUUUUCUUCCAAUACAAUAUGCGCGACACGACUUUUGUCUACAGAAAACUGAUCGAGGAAUUAUUAUUUUAGGUAUUGUCGCCUGUUUUUCUUGUAAAGUAUUUUUAAUCGGUAAACCACACCUUGUUGUUAUAAAGCUGGUAUUCAAACAAUUUCCAUUAUUAUAUUCUAUCUUGACUCUUGGGUUCUUCUAAUUAAACAAUUUACGUUGCGAAUUUACUUUAUAAAAGUCAAAUUUUUUAAAUAAAAUAGUAUUUUAAUUAAUGAUAUAAUAUAGUUUUAUAGCCAUACUUGAAGGUUAAAUAUAAAUAAAAAUGGUUUUCUGGGGUAGGCGUUAAUGAAAAUAAUGACUUCCUCUUAUUCAACUCCUGCAGUAGCAGUUUGUUUGACAGAUUUCCCACAAGAAUUAUACUAAACUAACAAAUGAACACUUAAUAUAAAAAUAAGUCCGUAACUUGUAUGUUAAAUAUUUCAUUGUACUCAUUUAUUUUCUACUAAAUGUUGAAAAAGUAAAGUUUAGUUAAUAUUAUUAUAAUAAAGUUUAAUGGUUGUUUUUAAAUACGUAUUAAUUAAAUAUUAGUUAUUUAUUAAUUUAUGUGUUGAUUUAUUGUAAGUACGAUAGGGUAAUAAAAAUGUUUACUCUGAUAAAUAUUAGGAAAAUAUUGAAAAAGUUAAAAUUAAAAUUGAUUUCUGAAUUUAUUCUUUUUAUAUUUUUUUAAAACUUUUUUUUAAAUAUUAAUGCUAUUAAAUCAUAUUUCAAAUGCUAUUCUAAUACUCCACCGUACACAAGAGUUUCUAAAUUGAAAUUCUAACAUCAAAAUAAUCUCUGUCUAGUCUAAACAAGAUAAAAAAUAAUAUUAAUACGAGUAUACGAGUCUACUAUUAUGUUUUAUGAAUUAUUAUUAUUAUUUUCAAAGUUGAGGGGUGAAAAAAACAACUCUCCCUGUAACUAUCUAGAAAUGAUGGUUAGUAGAAAAUUUAGUCAAAGGCAUGUUGCCAAAACUUUUAUAGAAAAAUAUAUAUUGUAUAUAUUAUAGAAGGUACAUCCAUACAAUUCGGGAAGGUCCACAAAAACUCGAGACGCGCACGAUCGAUCGCUUGAGACCCGUCGCGACGCCCCGGUUACCGUGGCAACACAGGCUGUGGCGUUUACGUAGGUACUAUUAUAAUAUCGGAUAGCUGCUGCUGCUGUUGCUGCUGCUGCUGCUGGCUAUCCUGAAAUUAAAUAUAUCCUCCGCCCAUUGCAGUUAUUCGGAUUUUUUUUUUAUACGUUUCGUAUUCCAACCCCUCUCCCCCUCCGUAACGUCGCUGUACACGCUGCGGCAGCAGGUUGACAGUAGGUACUCAAUUUAUAAAUCUACAUUUCGCGGGUUAAUAACAUAAGUGUGUUUGUAAGUAGGAAGUGUCCUGAUAGUGUGUAUAAUAAAGAAGCCCUGUGUCAAGUGUUUUAAAACAAAAAUAAACAAAUAGAUAAUAUAGUGGGAGUCAUUAAAUAUCUAAGUAGGUACUUCGUUAAAUAUGCACCGCACAUAAAGCCGAUAGUGCCAUUUUUAAGUUUAUUUCAUAGGUACUUAUCUGAUGUAGGUAUGCAUUAGGGUUAAGCGGGUUUUCGUUUUUUGUAUUCGAGUUGGGCAUUAAUUUUUUCAUUUUCAGUCGAGUUUAAAAGUAGAGUACACGACCAACACUAGUAUAUUAUAAUAUCUGUGUGCAAAUUAAAUUUUCAUUCUAGUUCAAAUUCAGUGUUUCUUUCGCUUACAUUUUUUUUAAAUAAUAGCUUUAUUGCAAUAUGAAUUAUGAAAUGUACUUAACAUUUCUUUUUGUCGAUAAAAUCAAAAUAAUGUUAGUGAGAAAAAACGAAUUCUGUAUAGGUAUUCUAUAUAUAAUAAUAUGUUUGUUUGAUUAAAUUUUGGUUGAUUUUUUUGGAUCAAAUUUAGUAUAGUUAGUAAAGUAGGUUGGUAGUAGUAGUUUUAGUAGGUGUUCGUGGAAUUUAUUUUUUUUUUUUUUAAAUAUUCGUCUGGAAACAGAAAAACUUACGCAAUAACUUUUUCUAUUAUUUCCGUUUUUGUUUUUUUGAUGUAAUUUAGUUAGAAAUAAUCCUGUAGAGAUACUAGCUCUUUCUAGGCGUAGUGGUACAAUGUAAUUUAUUGUUCGUUUAUUAUAUUGAAAUAAUGGUUCUAAAUCAUUGUGCACCUUUUAUAAAACUAUAAAAUGACACGAUAUUAUAUAAAAUGUCUUGUAUUGGUUUGGUACUUAACCGUACCAAUAAUAAUAAUUAUACUCGUCAUGACGCCUUCCAUUUCGAGAUUUAAUCAUUACAUCUUCUAUCAAUUACGCAAUGUCUUAUGUUAUUAUGUUUUAUCAAAUAUUUUGCUCUUCAUAUCGUAUUGUGUUUUAAUGUGUUUACGAAAUUAAGAGGUUAUAGUUUUUUAUUACUUGUACUAUAUCUCCUAGUAUACGUGUCUGUCAUUCAAAUAUAAUAUAUUUAUCGUUUUUUUUUUAAAACUCUGAACUAGGUAUAUGAGUUCGUCUCGGAAUUCUCGACUUGGAUAAAAUAUAAACAAAAUGUUAUGGGUUGAAUCAAUAAUUAUUAGUACAUCGAUUAUUUUCAUUGAAUAAAUGAAUAGUAAAAAAAAAAGGUAAGAUUUAUCGAGUGUUUAUUUUAAAAUAAUAUAUGAAAACCAUUUAAAACGUUAUGUUUUACUUAGUACAAUUUGAUUUAUCGUUCUUUAAAACUAUGCUUUUAUCGUAUUAUUUUUUUAAAUUGCUGAUUACUGACAUUUUUGGAUCUUGUUUAAUAAUAUUUUAUAGCGUCGUUAUACUCUACGUGUAGCUUAUGGAAUCAUUACAUGCUUAUCAUUAUAUGACAUAAUUAUCUUUGGAAUUUUUCUUUAUCUCAAUUUCAAUACACAUUCACGCUAUAUUCAUUGUGUAAAUAUAGUUUUUAUAAUUUAAAUAUGUAUCAGUAUGUAGAAAAGUUUAAAAAUUCGAACGCCAAUUAAUAUUAAUUAGAUAAUAUUCAACUAUAAAAUAAUACGUUAUUUAAAUAGAACUAGUUCUGAAUUUCAGUCUGUAUAUAGGUAUUCCGUAUUCAUAUUAUAAUAUUAUAUUGAUUAUUAGGUAUUUGUUCGAGUGAUAUUGGAAUAACAGAUUAAAAUGAAGAAAUAAUGCGUUGGAAUUUUAUAAAUUAAUUAAAAAUAAACAUUCACUAUACCACACAUUGUUAAAAACGACGUGAAAUUUAUUUAAGAAAAUGUUUAAUCUUGAAUGGAGUAAAAGUCUUUUGUUUUUUCUGUAGCAACCUAAUGACUAUGCAAAAACUAUGUACUUACAUAUAUUAUAGUUCCACACAGAAUGUACUUUAGUGCCGUUAAAUAAAUAACCAAAACUUGAAAAACAACCCAAUAAUUUGAUCGUUGUGUUUGAACUCGCUUUUAAAUACAACAAUAAUAUUCGUGUGUAUAAAUUCAAAAUGAUUAUGGCCCAUUAUUAAUAAUAAUACAAGUAUGUGUUGCGUUUGGUUAAAAGAGAGCAAACUCGCGCCGGAAUUUUUAUCCGCUAAUCUCGUUUGUCUUUUACAAAUCAACUGUAAUGUCGUGUAAUAAAAUUCAUCGUUAUAAUUUAAAGCUUUUUUUAUUGUUGAAAAAUGUAAUUAAAUUUAAAUUUACUUUAAUAAUGUUAACAAAAACUGAAAUGGAGUACUAUAUAAAAACCAUCGUAUAAACUAUAGUUGGCAUACAAUUAAACGUAAUAUAUGUGAACCUAUUUAUUAAAUUAAGUAAGUUUGAUAAAACUUGAAUUAGCAAAAACGGAGUUUCGGGGGGGGGGGAAUCUAAAACUUUUGGACAAUCUAUGGUUUUAUUUUACGGUAACUGGGAAGGACCUACACCUAAUUAUUAUUGUUUAAAACUUCCUCCGGUAAACUACAUUAACAAUACAACCCCAAGUUUUUUUUUAUUUAUAUUUUUAUAGUAGUAGUCGGUAGGUCAAAACUAAAAACUAAACAAAAAACUAUUAUAUUAUAUCGUUAAAUUGCCGUUAUUCGAGACAUAUUAUAAUAUUUUAUUAUACUACUGUCACCUAGCUACCCAAAAAUUAGCACAUCUAUAGUAAAGGGGACAUAAUAGUAGUAAUAUUAUUAUUAUUAUUAUUAUUAUUAUUAUUAUAUACACGUAGUUUUUUUUUCAAACCUUCGGGGUAUGUUGACGAAAACAAUGUGUGUAACAGUAAAAAUCCAAAGAUCCGCGUCCUUCGGAUGCAUAUAAAGAAGAAGAACAAAAGCGGAAGGCGCGCGCGUUAUUCAUUUUUCCCCUUAACCGAUAGACCCGAUACGCACAAACACAAUAUUGUAAUGGUGGCAUUGUAUAAUAGCUUUGUCGUGUCUUCAACCGGUUUCUGUGUCUCGGGGUACAUUGAACUAUGUGGGUUUUUUUUUACUCAUUUUUCUACUCUUUUUCGACAAAGACCCAACCAACAGAUACCAACGGUUACACGGCGUGUUCCGCAGUGUAUGUAUAAUAAUAGUGUAUAUUAUAUUGGUACGCAUAUAUAUUUAUACACACACACACACACACACCGACCGACUGUUUUACUCUGCUACUACUGUUCAAAUGACGCGUAACCGCGAAACGAGAGGGAUAGGCUACGACCGCCCCUCCUUUGACUGUGUGGGUUUUUUUUAUUUUCAUUUACUUACUUAUACUCAGGUACUCACUUACUUAUGCUUAAACAGUAGUCAUUAUAAUAAUUGUCGAAUUCUAAGAGUUACCUUUAUAUUAUGCAUGUAAGAUAAACGCGUUUUGUUAAGUGUAUACUAAAAAUGUAUAAUAACAGGAUGAAACGGAUUUGAAACAAUAGGAUGUCAGGCGAUAUACAUAUGUGGGAGAUAAUAUACAUUUAUAUAUAUAUAUUUACUUUAUGACAAAAAAUGCAUUUGUCUUGCCGCAGAUGACGGUGAUGUUGUACUCGAAAUGUUUUUUUCCCCCCGAUUUUAAUAACAUAUAUAUAUACAAUGCGGUUAAUAAAACCACCGGGGUACUAUAAUAAUGUUGAUGAAUUGUUGGUGUCAGAGACGAUAUUCUUUUCCAUUCUCCCUUAAUAUAUUUUAUAAUGCGUAUGUUUACAUUUUGCGUUACCUAUUCAUCAAAUCUCUAUUUAUAUAUAUAUAUAUAAUAUAGUUUUUAUCCCGUGGAAAGUCGAAUACGCCUUUUUUUUGAUUUCCCCACUAAAUGACGUUCCAUAUAUCAAAAUAAUAUUAUCCAAAUGAUUGUGUAAUGUAAUGUAAUAAUGUAUAUAAAGGACGACUCAAUACAGACAGCGGAUAUUCGUGCUAUCGUAUAUUUUGUUCGCCGUAAAUUCAAUCCCAUCGAUGUUAUAACUAUUAUAGUUAAAUAAGGUACAUUCUGAUUACCAGCUAUAAUAAUGUCGGUUGUAUACAAUAGUUAUUUUUUAUUUUUUUUUUUUGUCCGCAAUAAAUAGUUAAUAAUAAAGAUAAGUUGGAUAACACCUAAGGAUGUGAUAAUAAUUAUAUUGUAUUGCAGAACGUUUAGUUAUAUUUUGUUAUGUUUUUAUCUAAAACGGGAAAAGUACGAACAAAAAAAAAAAAAAAAACUUAUUUAACUGAAAUAAACUAUAAUAUUUAUAGUUGUAAGCUUAUGAAAUUAUUGCGUUAAAUCUGUAACUUUUUAAUGUACCUAUAUGAUGAUAUUGAUAAUAAUAAUAAAAAAAAAACUAUUUUAAAUGAAAUCUCGUUCAAUUUUUAAUACCAAUGAUAUGUUACAGUCCAAAAAGUUCUAUUAUAAUUAUAUUUUAUGGUAUCAAAUUUUUAGAAAUCAUAAUUUUCUCAUAUUAUUAAUAGUAAAGUAUUUCAUUUCGAAAAGGUCUUCUAAAUGCUAUUUGCCAAGGGGUAGUUUUAGGCUCUUUUUUUUUUUUUUUUUUUUUUUUGUAACAAUAUUAUUUUCCUUUUCACUUUGUGUCGAUCGUAAAUGAAUCGGUGUGAGUGAGCUAUGAUAUAUAUAUUUAUUCGUCUUAUAGUCUCCCCUCAUCCGGCUCGACCAUAUGGCGUGGUUACUGCCGCCAACUUUUAAUAAGAAUAAAACCAGUUUAUAUUUUUCGCUUUGCAGUGGCACACCGCUGCCGUUUAAAAAUAAUUACGUAUUUUUAUAGCAAACCACCUGUGCCGUAUGUUCCGUCGUUUUAUUGUAAAACAUUCGGUACGGAUGAGAGUCAAUCGACUAAAAUAACUACCGUUAAUAGUGUACAAUAGGGCUACAGAACAAACUUACCCUGCGAUUUACUUAUAUACUAGCCAAACACUACAGAUUUCUGAUAGGUCUUAUCAAUUUAGAUCAGCGAUUUCGAGAAACACGCAUCGCCGUCUUACACGACUACCUCAAUAAGACGUCUAUAUUUCCAAUGCAUUUUAUACUUAGAAAAUCUUGUCUAAGUAAGAACCCCGACGACGAUCCCGUGUGGGAAUGUGUGUCGUCAUUUGAACUGCCCACGCGUGGCAUUAAUUAUUGCUUACACUAAGAUUUCUGUUAUGUUUACUAUUUUUUCCCCUUUAUAUUAUAUGUAUGUAUAUUAAUUGUAAUGAGUAUCCUUCCUUUGACAAGUCCUUCCGCUUACAGAUUUAAAGAGUCAGAAGUGUUCAUCUGUGUGUGUUAUGUCAUAUAUAUAUUUCUGUUUUUUUCUGUUAUAGUUUUUUUUUUUACAGAAAUUCAACACGUGUACUUAUGCAAGUCGUAGUGUUUAUUUUUUUAAUACUAUUAAUAUAAUUUAAUGUAUUAAAAAAAAAAAAAAAACUAGAUUUUUUUUCCAAAUUUAGCGUUGAAAUCCGAAAUCCGAUGAUAAUAAUAUAUUGACAAUCUUGAAUUCUCAGAUUAUUAUUAUUGUACCAAUGUAAUCUUGACAAAAAAAUAUUUUGCUCUCAUAUUUCGACGAGUUAAACUUCACGGAGUACCAAAAUGCAUUUCAACCAAUCGUGGUUUCAUACGAGGAAACUAUUUUUAUUUUAUCGUUUUUUUUACAUGAUUUAUAUUUUACCAUGUAUUCGUGUUGUAUCGUUAUGGCUGCUAGCUACCCUAUAUAUUAUAUUAAUUGUUUCCAAUAAGUUUUAAGACAGAAAACACAAAAAGUCCAUUAAGUCAAAUGCCGAACUUUGGCUCGUUACCCCUAAUUAUUUUGUACAUUUGCAUCGAUAUUUUCGUCGUGUUCCUCACUUUUGAACCUGACAUUUGUUAUUCGAUUUGUUAUUUAUUAUUAUUUCAAUCUCGUUUUAAUUAAAAUUCAAAUAAAUAUGGCUUAAAAAUAUAUAUAUAAAGACUAGGUAUAAUUAAUAUUAAAGGCAUUAAGAACUCUUUUCGCUAGUGGUUUUUCAACCACUCGUCCGGUUUUUGAUUGUUAGUAAUUGUAUUAUAUUAUUUUACUUAAUGUUGAGGGUAGGUACUAUGAUUUUACGUGGUCACUCUACGCAAAACUACGCGUUUAAAUUAUUUAAAUUGCAUUUUUUGUAUUAUUCCGUUUUUAAAAUUAUAAAAAAAUUGUUCUAUAGUAAAUUCUAAAAAUGUGUGUUUAACUUUUCUUAAAUCAUUAUAAUAUAUAUAGAAUACAGAUAGAGGUGAUUUAAUUCCGAAUAAAUGUUUGCUAUUUUGGAUAUUUUAAACCUUGGUACAUAAUUGUAUAAUAUGCUCAAAUAUGAUGUCACCGUUAGUAAACGAGAAAUGACAGUAGGAACCAAUAACCAUACCUAUUAAAAUAACUGUGACUAAUUAUAAAUAUUGUGAAAUCACUAUUUAAAAAUAAUUGUUUUUUUUUUAUGUAUAUAUUAAUUUCAUAUGCAUUCCAUCGGUUCAAAUCGCUAUUAAAUACCUGAAUUAGUCACUCUUAGAAAUAUAGGCCAAAAAUGAAUAACACAAUUAUUUUUAUGAACAUAUUAUUUUAUUAUAUUAUAUUAUAUAUUAUUAUUAUUAUUAAACUUUUGGAAAAUAUUUUAUGAUAAAAGGUUGAAAUAAUAUUUGGCAUUGAAAUGCAUGUUGUUAAUAAGUAAAACUCGUGAUGAACCUCUUGUAAAAAUGUAAAAGCAGACCCAAUAAAUAAUAAUAAAAAUCGCACAUCAUAAUAAAACGAUCAUCUCUCCACUCAGAAUCUAAAAAUUGGUUUAUUUCAAAUUCGGUUAAUUAAGUUUUUAUAUAUAUAAAAAUAAAUACAAUAAAGUAUUAUAAUGUAAGGGCUAUCUUACAAUAUGCGAUCUAUCCGGUAGCGUACUUUCAACGUGUUUUUUUUUUUUUUUAAUUUUUUCCAUUUCAUAACCAGAGAUAAUAUCAAUAUACUACGUAUUUUUGUCAUACGAUCGAUCCUAAGCAUUAUGAGACAUACGAUAGGGCUAAUCUGAAAUGAACAAUUCGAUAUUGUUCUUCUAGAAAUUUAAUCGUAGAUGAUAAUUUGUGAUCGUAGUAUAUAGCGUUAUUAUAUUAUUAUCGUUUCAAAAUACUUCCUUUCUAUCAAACAUUUUUUUUUCCUUCUCGUUUGUCUUCACUAUAUAGAAGUAUUAUAAAAUAUAUUAUCACAAUAUUAGCAUUAUAUUUAUGGCAGUAGAUAAAUGUUUGGUUUUAAAAUAAAAAAAAUACGAAUACCAACAUUAAUCAUAGAAGUGCAUAUGUAAUUAUGAUCGUUUUUAAGUGGGGGCUGUACCCAAAUUUACUAUCGCGGUUUAUCUAACCAACAGUAUAGCAAAAUAUUAUAAUCUUACUGAGGACUUAAAUUAUGGUGUACACGUUUGCAAUAUUUUAUUUUAAAAACGGGUUGCAAAAUUUUAAGAGUUUAACCUUCGAGGACAGCUCGCUAUUGUUGUUGUUGUUGUUGUGAUUUUUUUUUUUUUUAAUAUUAUCAAACCAAAAAGUAAAGUACAGAUAUUUCAAUAAAGCAGUAAACUUUAGGCGUAUAUCCUCAUUUAAUCUUAUGAGAUUUAACGAUUUAUAGUAGAUAUAUAUUAAUUAAUAAUAGAAGUAUAACUAUUAUAAAAUGUAUGUACUUCGCUUUCGUAAAUUUAGAGAACAUAACACGUUUCUCUUCUCCUUUUAUAUACAUUGUGUUUGUUAAAAUUAGUUUGAUUUUAUUAAUAAACAAUAAUAAUGCAAAGUAAAUAACAUUACUUUUAGUUAAUAAUUUGCUGUUAUAGUUCUUAUUCACAACUUUUAUUACUAUCUUCAUUAUUAUAAUACAUAACAUAAUAUCUUAUAUUUUAUAUUGUUCACAAUUGAAUAUUACUAUACAUUUUAAUUAAAUCUGUCAGUAAUUUUCCAACUAUUUUUAUUAUUUUACGGUAUAUUUUAAUUCUCUUUCUGUCUGUGUGUGUGUGUGUGUUUACACGUAAAAUGUACGUUUUAAUUUUGAUCUAAUAAGAAUAGGAAGUAUCUACUUAUUAUUAUACAUUUUUUUUUAAACUAUAUUUUUACGUUUUUUUCCGUGUACCAAUAAAAUAUAGCAUAUUUUCUAUUUAAAUUUGUUCUGUUCAUCAUCACGGUUGAUCAUCUUUGUUCAAGGACCCUUUUCGCGUAUUGUCCUCGGCUCGAUUUUUGCAACUAGUUUAUUGCGUAGGUAUAGGUAAGCGUAUCUGAAAAAUCGAGGAAGCAUAGCGGGGAAACGAUAUCAAUUCAGAAAAAAAAUAUUGAAUUGUAAACAAUAUGUUUCAUCAUCGUGUGUCGUCCUCCCACAGCGCCUAUUCCCUUGUGACUCUAUAAAUAUAAUGUCAGCUAGCAUUAUAGACACAGUGUCCUGUCGAAUCGAACUUGUCGUGUAUUACGUGCAUAACAUCUGAGCUUUAAAUUGAUAUUCACUUAAUAUCAAUUUUGUAUCCCAUCAUGUCAUCUACAGAUUCAGCAUUAUUACCAAAAGUAUGAAAAUAAUGAACUAAUUUCAGAUUUAUUUAAAUACCUAAAAAUUACAAAUGGUAUUAUUACUAAUCAUUUGAAUGAAUUAUUUUAGAAUAAAUCACUACAGCGGAAAAUUAUAAAUUAUUUAUACAAGUGGUCUUUUAAGACGGUUACUUUGUAAUAUUCUAAAUUUAAAUUGCUGCAUUGCUGCCAGUUAUAUUGUUAACAAUUAUUCAGUUAAUCUCUGCUUAUUGUGAUUUUUCAAAACAUAUGUAUUGUAUAAAUUAUAUUUAAACAGCCCUAACAAGUAUAUAAUAGAAAACGAGAGAAUGUUAAAUAUCUUUAUCUUGUAUAGUGGUUUUAAUUUAUUAGAUGGUUCCAGUAGGGGCAAAUUGAUUAAUGGAAGAAUAUCCAUAGAUAUUGACCUCUUGGUAAUUCAUGACUUGCAUAUUGUCACCGUUAAUUGAACAUAAUUUGAUCAUUGUACACUCCAAAACGGCAUCACUUUUCCCACGACUCUUAAGAUUAUUCACUGUUUUUGACCUUGCUCAAAUUUAAAAAAUAAAAGAAUCAAUUUAUUGUAAAUUUAUAAACUUAAUUUCCAGGUGGCUGAAGAAGAAGUAGUAAAAGAAGAAGCAGUAAAAGAGGAGGCAGUAAAAGAAGAAGCAAAACCAGAAUCUGAAUCUGCUGUUUCUUCCGCUGUUGAAGUUCCAAAAUCUACCGAAGAACCUUCUGCAGUUGUUGAAGAAAAAGAACCCGCUCCUGAAGUAAAUGUACAAAGAAGUUCAAUAUUUGUAUAAGCUUUUAUUUAAUUUGCAUUGAAUCGUAUCAUGGAAUUUUGCAAUUCAUUUUUGACCCACCUUCCAUCAUCUAAUCAUUUUGGAAUUGCGUGCACUCAUAUUUUUGAUAUAAAUACAAAAAAUUAUAUUUUUACUUUUUAAUCAAUUUUUUUUUUUAAGAUUAUUUUAGAGCCUGAGUGGAGCGAAGGAUGUAUUAGUUUUACAAUGGUGUUUUUUUUUUAUUAUUAUUAUUUUUUUUAUGUAAACACUUUUUCUACCCGAAAGCAUACCCUGAUUAUCAAGUAUAUCACCUUUUCUAAAAGGAAAUAUUCUCUAGGUGGUACUUUAGAGAGGUAAUUUUAUGAAAUUCUCAUUAAUAUUUAAGAUAAUGAUUCACCUCGGUCUUUAGGUUAAAAAAUAUUUGAAAGAUCAAAACUGUUUUUAUUUAUUUUUUGUUAUUAUUAAGUUUUUAUAAUUUUCAUCUUUUUUUAAAAAAAAUCAUUGUUAUGGAAAUGUACAUUGUUGUAAUCAUUUUACUGUUAUAUGAUAUAUACCAUAUAUUGUAUUGUUGACAAAACAACACUAUCAACUGAACUCCACUCAGAAAAUUUUUUUUUCAUUGGCAUUGGUUUAUCGUUGCUUAUGGAUAUACAUUAAAUUCCUAUCUGUAUCCUAUCUUUCCAACUUCCUACCUACAACAGUGGCUGCACCCACAUGCGAAGUAUAUCUGUCCUUUUUUUUAAGGCUAUUUUUAAAACUUGUUUUAAUAUAAUGUACUAUUUAUAUCAUAAUAUUAAUCUUGUGUAUAUAUUCUUAAAUAGACCACAGUUGUAACUGAAAUUCCGCCUCCAUUGCCAAGUAGCCCUCCACCAGUAGAGGCCCCUGUUGUACCGCCGCCAACCAUAGUUGAAACGCCAACUGUAGUUGAAACACCAACCAUAGUUGAAACACCAACCAUAGUUGAAACGCCAACUAUAGUUGAAACGCCUGCUCCAGCUCAACCAGCUGAGCCUGAAAUUGAAGCUGAAGUGGUCACACAAUCAGAGCCUGAAGUAAGAAAAACAUAUUGGUAAUAUAUUUUAAAAGAUUGUAUUUCAAAUAUGGCACGAUUAUUUCAGGAUGAGACAGUUGGUGGUGGAGAAGGAUUGGCUGAACCACCUGAAGGUUUAAAUACAUCUGAUAUUGAAAAAGAAGUAGCGGACGUACCUUUAGUUAAUGGUAACCAUGUAGAAGAUUCCAAGCCGUCUUCUCCAGAUGUAAUACAUUUUUUUCUUUAAUAUGUAUUAAUAUAUUAUAUAUCAUCAUGAUUUGAUUAAUGUAAUACCUUUUUUAAAGAAUAGUAUUUUAAAACAUUUUUAACUUUUUCUGCAAAACUCAAAGUUGCCAAUUUAUAAAAUGAAUGAUUUCUGUCAACAUUUAUUCUUUGUACAUUGAAUCGUAAUUCGUUAAUUUUAAAUUAUCAAAUCUGAACAAGAGUCAUUAUAACGUAAAUAUGUUUUAUAAGAAGUAACUUUGAAACAUAAUAGCUGAUUUUAAUUUAGUCAAAAGCUGAAUAUAAAACAACCUACAAUCUACAUAUUUGUAGAACAAAGUUUAAGAAUUUUAGUACUAUUUAUAAUAAUUGGGAUGGAUAAAAAAAAACAUAGUAAACUCGUAAUUUUAUUUUAACAUCAAAUGUGCUUGCUUAUAUCAAAUAAAAGAAAUAAUUGUUUUAUUUAGAUCCUUAGUUCUAGAAAUCGUGGAUAUAUCUUAAUUUAGCAGUUAUGUAUAGACAUAUUUUGACAUCCAGACUUUAAUAUUAUAAUUAGUGUUUAAAACUACAGUUACUGUAUUUUUUAAAUCAUUAAAGCAUAAUACCAUAAUGUUUAUCUAUACAUUAUAUUAUGUUUCAGGUCAGUUGCAUAACUGAAAAAAUUGAAGCAAUCAAGUUAUCAAACGCAGCUGAUAUUAGUGAAGUGGUGACUAAUGUACUUUCAAAUGUAAGUAUUUCUAUAUUUGAUUUUCUUAAAAUUUCUAUAGGAUUUACUAACACAUUUCUUAGUUUUGUUAAAUGAUCUUCUAUGAUUUACGUGUAUUUUAUUUAUAAAAGUUCUUAUAUAAACAGUAGAUCUUAUUCUUAUUCAAUUUUAAUUAACAGUAUUGCUACAAACUAAAAACAUUAAAUUUAUGAAAAAUUUUAAGUAAUUUUAUUAUGUAAUAUUUUAAUGUUACAGGAUUUGCAUGGAGUAAAUGGUGUUUCUGAUGCAAUAGCGUUUACAAAUGGUGAUGGUGGAUAUGAUGGCGGAAACAGUGGUGGAAAUGAUGGUGGUUGUGAUUAAAAUGUGGUCUGCUUUUAUUAUUUUCCUUAUUCACUAAAUUUAUCGUUGACGUCAGUUAUCGCAAACUACAUUAAUGUUAUUACCUACUACUUUAUGUGAAAAGAAAAUGAUUACUUAGAAUUCCUCCUUUUUUAAAUCUUUCAACAAAAAAUACAUUCCCAUUUUGAUAACUAUAAAUUUAUGCAUUUAUCCUUUCGAAUUAUUUUUAUACUUGAUUUUUGUAAACUGUGAACAAAAAAAAAUAUUUCUGGAACAAAAUACAUUUUGUACACAAUUUUUUUUUUUUUUGUAUUCAGCUGUUUAUAAAUAUAAAUAUUUUUUUUAUUAUUUUUUUAGAUUUUAAACAUUAAAUAAAAAAGUAAUAAUGAUAUAUAACAUACAAAUUAAAAUAUCAAGUCAUUGUUAUACAAUAUCUUUCUUUUUAACACAUAAUUACUCUUUUGAUAAGAAAACAAAAAACGCUCAAAUUUUUUACAACCUACACAUUCCCGGACCAAUUUUAAUUUUUUUAUAAUUAUUUUUUUUACUUUCUCAUAGGCUUGAGAAUACAUUAAUAAAAAUUGAUCAAUUUUUCAUUUCUAUUAGUACAUAAUAUAUAUAUAUAUACAAUAUAUGUGUAUUUUUUUUUUUUAUAUGCAUAUAUAUAGCAUUUAUUUGUAUUUAUUUUAAUUUUAAAAUAUUUAUAAAACGUUAAGGAAAAAAUCUGUUAUUUUUAUUUUUUGCCCCAAUUUAAAGAUUAAGUAUUAAUUUUAAAAUGAAAAAAUUGUUGUGAGUUUUAGUUAUAUUACGAUAUUUUUGGUAUGAGGCACUAUGCUUCUCAUUAUGUGAACGAUUUAUUGCAUACAUGGUACAUUCCAUCUCACAUCUACAUCUUCCAAAUGCGAUAUAACACUGUAUAUUAUUUAUAAUAUCUUAUAAUAACAAUUUUUUUACUGUAAGUGUAUAGUUACUUCCAUACAAUUUAGUAGGUUUAAUUUAAUUUUAAAAGCCCAUUUACUAUUAUUAUUUUUUUUUUUUUGAACCGUUUGUACUUUUAUAAAACUUAAAUAAUUAGAAGUAGAUAACAUGGCUUGGUCGUGAUCAAAAUUUUGGUGCAAAUAUAUAUAAAUAUAUAUUUUUCUUAUUAUUUCUCAAUUUAUAGUUUUAAAACAUUUUGAUAACUGGUGAAAAUUUAGCAUUGUUGGUUUAGCUCAAGCCUUUUUUUCGCGCGGUGUAAAAAUAAAAAAUAUAUAUUGUAAAUGUUAGCUUAUUAGAUUGUUCUUUUUAUUUAUUUUAUUAUUAGCCUCAAGAUUUUAUUUAACUCAUACAUUUUUUUUUCUAUUCAAGCGGUUUUUUUUAAUAUAUAUAUACGUAUUAAUAUACAAUUUUAAUUGAUUAUGUUAAUAUUUAUAGUUAUUUAGGCAUUAUAUUAUGUAUUAUGUUACAUCUGUGCUAAAUGAUGUAAUGUGUACAAAUAAUUUAAUCAUUACUAUAUGAUUAAUUAUUUAUAUGGAUAUAAUUUUUAUGCUAAUGCAAACCUGCAAGCCAUCUUUCAUUGUAGAAUUAGUAUAUUAUUUUCUCUACUAGCCUAUGUAUAUGAACAUUUUUUUCUUUCAUGAUAAAAUACUUAAAUAAAAAAAAAUAUAAUGCAACUGUGUUUUUAUUGAAUAUUGACACAUCAUAAUUUUU